CAGUUAUCCAUGCUGCAGAAGUGCAGUCUACACAGAUGAACCAAGACUUGUGUCAGAACUGCAAGCCCAGAUAGUUAGACGGCAGACUGCUCAGGCAGGAUGCCGUCAACGAGUCGAGCUGGAAGUCUGAAGGACCCAGAUAUAGCAGAACUCUUCUUCAGGGAAGAUCCAGAAAAGCUUUUUACUGAUCUCCGUGAAAUUGGCCAUGGGAGCUUUGGAGCAGUCUAUUUUGUAAGAAUUUUAUAUAUAUUUAAUAUAUAUAUUUUAUUUAAAAAAAUGUACUCUGCAUCAUAACUACUUUCUCAUUGGUUAGUUUAACUCAUUGGCUGAACGUGUCGGCUGAUCACUCUCAGCCAAUGAGAUAAGCCUGCUUAGGAUCUUAAGUCUGCUGACCUCUCUGGCAUUAUUAGUGGAAGUGGUGAGUAGUGUACAGGUGGUGCAAGGCGUAACUUGUUGGCUUACAGCAUCAGCUGAUUGUACUCAGCCAGUUAUUCAAGCCCCUUUACGAACGUCUGGCUUUUCGGCAAAAGUAGUGCUUUCCCCGGCUGACCUCAUGUCAGAAACCGUUUCUCUACUUACUAUGGGAGGGUGUAGGUGGGUUGUUAAGCCGUUCCUGACAUCAUAACCGGUACAGCGAGCUUGGUGUGUUUAUUUAAAGGGACACUGUAGGCACCCAGACCACUUCAGCUCUUUGAAGUGGUCUGGGUGCUGUGACCCUUUUGCACUUAGUGCUGCAAUGUUAAACGUGUGGGCGGAGCCUGACACAGCACCAUGGGACAUUGGCGCUGGAUUCAGGUAAGUGGCUUCAGCCCCGCGGGAGGGGGGUCCUGAGGGAGGGGGGCACUCCAGGAGCCUAUAUUGCCAGGAAAACUGGUUUGUUUUCCUGGCACUAUAGGAUCCAUUUAAUAUUUCCAUUGUGUUUCCAUUCUUGAUCCAAAAUAGAAGUCCUUAUACCAGUAUUGGGUGCAUUUUUAGGCUGCUUAGCACCUAUAUGGCUAAACUAUUAAAAUAAAUAAGUAAAAUGCACAUUUCAUUACAUUUAAAAUAUUCCCAUGACCUUGUAAUGCAAUUGAAUUUAGCAACAAGCAUUUUUAAUGAGUAUUGAGGUUUUACUACAUCUACAUUUUCAAAACAUCUGAAGUAUUUUGUAAAUGUUGUACACAUGCGCCUCUAUUGUACAGUAACUUGUCAUAAAACCUGAGCUGAUAAAACCUGACAUAUCCGAUCUGAGCAGGGAUUUUGAUAUGACCACAAUGCUUGCAAUAAAAGUAUUGCUGAAUAGCCAAUAAAUCACAGCCACUUGUGUUCCACAGAUCUGAUUUGUAGCAAGCACACAUCAAGGAGUGGUUUUAAUUUAAUUUUGCAUUGUUAUUUAUAUAAAUGCACUAAUUUCUAUGUGCUGGAAACGAAUCAGUAUUACAUAUGUCUCUUUAUUUUUUAUUUUUUUAUUUUUUAAAUUGAGAUAUAACCAAAGGCCUUGGUUCAGCAUGUAGUCAUGUAUCCAGGCUUACCCCUAUAGGAUUGCCACUCAUGUUAAUGGGACCUUGAGCUAGUCUCUUUUUGUGGUUCCCCUUUCUAACAUUUUCAAUUCAACAAUUCUGUUUCUUCUCCGUACAUCUCUGCACUCAACCCCUAUUCCAUGUGUGUAACCCUUGCCCAUCUAUCCAAGCAGCUUCAUUUGUCUCCCCAUCUAAGUUCACACUUCUAUAAUCAUCGCAAUAACACAUACAUCAUAUAAUUAUUUUACUUUGAAUAAUUCAUUAUUUUUCCUUGCUUUACCUUGAACCCCUUUCUCACAAAGUUCCAAACUGUUGGACAGAAUAGAAAGUUUUCCUCAGCCCCUACUGGGGCCCUUUUCAUUUCACAAUUUAGUCAUUCCUUACAAAGUGUUUCAUUGUAUUAAAGGACCGCUAAAGGCACCCAGACAUCUUAGUCGUAAUGCAGUGGUAAUUUAGUUUUAACCCUGCGACAUAAAGCAUUGCUUACAUUACAGGGUUAAAUAUGCCUCUAGUGACUUUCUUGCUGACAGCCACUAAAGGCACUUCCACUGAGAUCUGGGACAAACUUGAAUCUCCAAUCGGAGGACAGCACUGUCACGCAUGCGUUUUUUGCCCCCAUUUCUCAAGAGUUAAACCUUUUUCAUAGAGUCUCUUUAUUGUAGUCUACAUUUCUAACCAAAACCCGCUGUUCCACACAUUUUAUUUUCCCAUUCUUUCAGUUCAAUAAGUCACGCACAUGUUGGUACGACAAGCUGUCUCACUUCUGGGCACAUGAACUUUUUGUGUAAUUUAUGCCUCCACUCUUUCGAGCAGACAGAAUUAUCAUGAUACCCACCAGGUUUUUCACUAAAAUGUGAAAUGCCUAGAAUUCCAUGUCAUCUGCAAAUUGUAGGCCAAAAUAAUCGCUCUAGAAAAUGUGUCCAUUAAAAUUCUAUUUUAAUUACUGUCAAUCCAAUCUUUAGUGAAUAACCCUAUGAAAAUAUAUACAUUCGAAUGUGUAUAAACAACUGAAACCUGUGUAGCUAUUUUCGACUACAAUCUGUACAAAGAUUUAUUUUGUUUUCUUAUAAACUAAACUUCAGUAAAGGCUAGAUGAGCAAAUGGCAAUGAAAUGUUAUUUGUAGUAAGGUUGCGUUAGUGUAUAGUAUAAAACAUAUAAACAUUUGCUAAUUUUGAAAUUGUGAUCUGUGUUUUUUUGUUUUGUUUUUAUAAUUAAAUUUUUUAUUUUAGGCACAUGAUGUGCGUACCAAUGAGGUGGUGGCCAUCAAGAAAAUGUCCUACAGUGGAAAGCAGUCCAAUGAGGUAUUUAGAGUUUUCUAAAGUGUGUUACUUGUAGACUUUUACUUGCAUUCUCAUUUCUAAAUUUGUGUACAUAUUUAGUCGCUGGCUAAUAGUUUGGGAUUUAAAAAAAAAAAAUUGAGUUAUGUGUUAAAAAUACAAAAUAGUAGUGAUACAUGGUAUUGGUUUUCCUUAAACAUUUCAGCAAAGUUUGCCAACCUGUGGUGGAUGGGACAGAAAAAAAACGAUGCACAAAAAUAAAUCAUGGAAGCAAACAUGACUAUCUGUGAGAAGUUUUAUGCGAAAAGUGGAAGGGGGGAAUAAAUAGGAAAACUUGACCAAAAUUAAAGAUCUGAUUUUAGCAAUGUAACUGAACUAUACUUUCAGCAAAGUUCAUUGUCAACUUUUGCUAAUUGCUGUAGCAAAUUGUAGCAGCUAGCUUAGAAGCUUUAUCUCUGUUGUUAGGGCUAAAAAUAUCAGUUCUUGAGCCAUUUGUUUAAUUCAUACUGUGUCGUUCAUUGAGCUGUAUGUACAAUUGAGAAAUUAAACUUCAGCAUUAUCAUAAUGGCAACAUUUGGGAUGGCAGCCAAUAAGUCAUCGCAUAAAGCUCAGACUUUAGGUGUAUGUAUAGCUAUUGUCAUACAAUUAUCAAUCUUUCUCUUAAGCUUGUAUUAUGUUCCAUGUUCCUUUGAGAGCUGUAAAUGAGAAAUAAUCGCCCUGUCAGCAAAACAUUUGUUUUAUAAAUAAUAUUUCCCUGGGGUGUUGAAUAGACUGUCAAACUGCAGUCCUGAAAAUAUUGCAUUCAACUUUCAGGGGCAAUUUUUUCUGUAUUAAAAUAAGUAAUGCUGGUAUAUGGUAGAAAAUGUAGAUGAAAUGCUUCCACAGUAGCUCAUAUGAAUGAUUUAACCCAAAUGUUGUAAGGAGAAACAAGAAUUAGUGUUGCACAUAUUUAACUUUACAAUGGGCACUCUAAGCACCAUAACCACUACAAAUGAUUGUAGUGGUUAAAGCCAAAGAAUCUGUGGGUGCUUCCACUUCGCCUUCUAGCUUAUGUUCAGCAGAAAUAGUAAUAACAGCCACCUUAAGCAUCUGACCUUUUAAGGAACAUAGCACAAAUGCGAUCACAACAUGCUCCCCAUAAAUGUACUUUCCUAGUUUGCAGUUAUUGAGAAAGGACCGCUCACCGCAUUCACUCCCAAAUUCAGGCCAAGUGACCCGAAGUUGCCAAAAUCUUUAAUUUUACAUAAAAUUUUAAAUUCAUAUGAAACCGUUGUGAAUUUGAGGAGCUCUAAAACACAGUGCUGUAAUUUUCGGUCAUUGAGAAAUGUGUCUAUCCUUUACAGAAAUGGCAAGAUAUCAUCAAAGAAGUGAAGUUCCUCCAAAGGAUACAACAUCCCAACAGUAUAGAGUACAAAGGUUGCUAUUUGAGAGAGCACACAGCAUGGGUAAGGAGCUUUUCAUUCCAUUGUGUUUCAAGAUUUUGCUGGGAUUUAGAAUGUUUUUUUUUUAUUUUAUUUUUUUUAUAUGCAAUACUGGAAAAAAGGGGGAAAAUAUGUAACCUACCCAUAAUUAAGAAUUGCACUAUAUAGAAUUAAAAAAUUCCCCACUGAAAAAGUGUUUUUGUAUUAAUGUAUGUGAACACAUUUGCUGUUAGCAAGGCCUUAAUUUCCACUGCAAGCCAUAGUAUACUCACCAGGGGUAGAUAUCUACAUUUUCAAUAACCAAAUGCAAAUGGUGAGUGGGAAUUCUAAGCCAUGUAUAUUCUAUUUUCCGAAAUGUAGUUAUUGUGAUUAAUCUUAAACUAUUCAUUGUACUAGGAGAUUAGAAAAUUGUAGCACCACUAUCGCUAUUAGUAUUUGUGGAUUAAUGUAUUUUUCUUCUUUUCCUUUUUCGGCUCUUAGCUGGUAAUGGAAUAUUGUCUAGGGUCUGCAUCAGACUUACUAGAAGGUAAAUAUUAGUAGGCUUUAUUUGUUUUUGUUUUAUUUACAUAACAGUAGAAGUGGACGAAAACCGUUCCUCAGCUGUUGCAGAACUUCAACUCCCAUGAUGCUUUGCCACCUGCUAUUUCCUCAAAGGAAUUGUUGCUAUUUUACAACAGCUGAGGAUUUAUCUUCAACAACUGUUCCAUCAAAUUUCCAUACCCUCGUCCCUUCCGGGGAGGGAAAUCAGCUGGAUCCUGUGCUGCACAAGAGUGCUAGCACUCCUACUCCUCCACUGCAAGGUUCUGGAAGGUAAGUAAAGCUAGUUUUACACUUUCAUUCUAGUUAGUUCAUUCACCAACCAAGCUUAGGACAUGGGACAUUUAGGGGUAAUGUAAGGGUUCAAAUUAGGGUUAGGUUUAGAGUCUUGUGUUUAUUUAGUGAUAUUUCACAUUAGGGGAAUAUCUAUAAAUUGGGAUUUUUCAAACUUUAUUGUAACCCUUACCCCAAGGGUUAGGGUUAGAAUAGAGUGUUAGAGAGGUUAAAAUAACUUGCCUAACCCUAAUUUAAACCCCCACUUAACCCUAAGUGUCCCGUGUGCACUAACUAUAAUGAAAGUGUAAAACUAGCUUUACUUACCUUCCAAGACCUUGCUGUGGAGUAGUAGGAGUGCUAGCAUGCAUGUGCAGCGCAGGAUCCAGCUGAUUUCCCUCACCGGAAGUGACGAGGAUAGGGGAUUUUCACUGGUAUGGGGAUUUUGAUGGAACAGGCACAAUUACUUUACCUGAAAUGGAUAUUCUGACAGUUUAAUGCAUUUUAAAUGUUUCAACUUUAACACUUUUUGUUUUUCAGUACAUAAAAAGCCAUUGCAAGAAGUUGAAAUAGCCGCUAUCACACAUGGGGCACUGCAGGGUUUAGCAUAUUUGCAUUCUCAUAACUUGAUCCAUCGGUAAGUAAUGUCUGCCCCUAUGGAAAUUGAGAUUAGUUUUCUAUGUCUGCCAGGAGUUUGGUGAGCCAAUAUUGCAAUUUCCUUUCUUGUUUAAGCGACAAUAAAGGCUAAAUAAAACUCUUUUGGAAGAGUAAGCAUCUUACCUAUUGAAGACGUUAUCAGUGCUGUCCAUUUAAGCAAGAUGCAACAGUCUCUAAUGCGUGACUUAACUUACAUUACCUUACUUUUUCUAUUUGACAUGCAGUGCAGUUUCAGUGCCUUCACUUAUGGGUGGGACUAGGGCAUUAUGCUCUUUAGACUUCUGGCAACAGCUCACAAUAUAUAUUUGCUGUUGUGGCACAUUCAUCCCCAGUGCAUUGGAGAUCACUUUGAUCAAAGCCUAAAGGAGGAUGAUGACAGAUAUGUCAUUAUAUCACAGUUAACAAUGUGUCAAAACUGACCCUCUCAUAUUUAAUGUGCAUUACCUUUCAUCACUGCUUUGCAGUUGUAUAAAUAGUUUUUGUGCAUUUGUAAACAUAGAUACACGUUUUCCUUUUUGUUUCUUCAAACAAGCAGUUCUUAUUCUGUCAUGAACUUGUCAGCCUUCAACCAGUUUCUCUUUUGGAACAAAAGAGAGUGAAACAACAAUUGUGUGUAGUAGAGAGAGCAGACGCAGUGCAGGGAUUUGAGUGCUCCCAGGUAAACUCUUUAAGGGAAACCAAGUAACAAUGGCAGAAAGCUGCAGUAUGAAAGGGAAAGGAUGCAGUCCAUGAAUAUUAAAUGCAGAGAAUGUCAGGCAGUUAGAGUAUAUAGUCCUUAUAGCACGCAUUGACAAGAUGUGAGUUUCAAGUCAAUGGUUUCCUUGUUCAGUAGAGCUCACCUGCAGGAGACAUUAUAAAAAGAAAGAUAGCUGACUAAUAAACCGACAUACGUGCUGGAGUACUAAUCACCAUAUAUAUUUCUGGCUGUCCUUUCAUGCAUGCUCUGUCUCACUGCUGUCAGUGGGUGAGUACGUACUUCAUGGCACAGGGCAGUCCAGGAACACGGUGUAAAAAAGGGGCUGGCUUAUACUGCAAAAAGGUGCAAUUCUUUUUUGUUUGUUUUUAUUUGCUUAUACAAAGAUAAAUAUAAUUUUGAAUGACAAUCUAAUAAGUUCUGAUGAUGCCCAUAAUGUGGGUGCCAGGUCCCUCUAGUUUUAACCCUUCAGCUGAAAACAUAGCAGUGUCAGAAGCACUAGAGGCGCUUCCGCGAUUCUCACAGUGAGAAGACGCUGGACGUCCAUAGGAAAGCAUUGAGUAAUUGAGUAAUGCUUGCCUAUGGGCGGUUUGAAUGCGUGCGCGGCUCUUGCUGCUCAUGCGCAUUCGGAUCUGACGUCGGCAGGUGGAGGAGAGGUCACCAGUGCCGAUGUAGCCCGGUGCUGGAGAAAGGUAAGUGGCUGCAGGGGUUAUAACCCCUUCAGUCCAGCGGGAGGGGGCCCUGAGGGGGGGGGGGACCUAAUAACCCUAUAGUGCCAGGAAAUUAGUUUUUUUUUUUUUUUUUUUUCUGGCACUAUAGUGGUCCUUUAACUAAUGCUAUCUUUCAUGAUGAUACUCUGAUCCCAUAAUAAAAAUUUUAAAAAUGCUACAGUAUUUGUAUUAUGUUAAGUGAGCUUGAAACAUUAGCAACAAAAAAAGUAAAGCUAUCCACAUUUAUUGUGCAUUGGUUAUGUAACUUAGUAUGUAUGUAACCAUCAGGUGAAUAAUAGUCAUUGUAUUAUCUCUGUUAAUUGACUAAACAUAUGGCCACAUAUGUCUUAUAGAAACUCUCCUAACACCAUAACCAAUAGGGCACCCUGUAGUGGUUAUGGAGCUAGUAGUGCCCCCCCUUGUUUUACUACUUACAUUGGGUCCACCAGACACUGCUCACUGCCUUUUGUGGAGAGCAAAAAUCUUAACUUUUAGUCUCUGAUAACCUGAGUUAAGCUCUGUACUGAGCAGUGACUGGUGCCAAGCAGAUACCAGGUACAAGGUCAAUCCAUUAGCAAACAGUUUGACUACGUACAAUAAAGGGGUACCAAGACAUUCCUCACACCAUAACCAGUACAGCACUAGUUAUGGUUAUUGUAGUGGUUAUAUACUUGGUGUUUUCCUUUCAGGAGCGUAGCAUUACAGAGAAAUAGGCAUUAGUCUUCUGAUACCUGUUGUGGUGUUGAGUACAUAUUGGGAUACAAGCACUCUUUUCCACAGAUGGCAGCAAGCGUGAAAAGGCAGGAUCUGGUGGAAUUUUUUUCCCUGUCUUUCCUCUUCUAAGCACAAAAGCACAAGCUCUAUUUUGAUAGAGAUACACCACAAUUGUAUUCAUCAACACGCCAUGGAGAAACAUAGGCCGGCGUGGUUUACUUUUCACCAUUGUAACAACAUCAUUUCCUCCUUAGAGAUAUCAAGGCAGGUAAUAUCCUUCUCACAGAGCCAGGACAGGUGAAACUUGCUGACUUUGGAUCUGCAUCAAUAGCAUCUCCUGCCAAUUCAUUUGUUGGGACACCAUAUUGGUAAGUAAUUGAAUGUAUUUUAUCUAUUUUUCCUUAACUGUGACUAAAUGUAGUUAUUUGUAUGAUUGUUUGAUGGCUGAGCAGCCUACAAUUAGUAGUCCACUGGAGAUGAUAUUCCAAGAGUUGCACAUUUAAGCUAAUGAACUAGUAUUGCUUUAAAGGAACCACGUACAGUCUAUAGUUAGCUACAUUUGCAGAUAUUUUUUUCCGGUUACAGUUAAUGAAAGGGGGGUACAUUAAUAGAAUGGGUAAACUAUAUAUUAUGAGUGAAGCAUUAUCCUGCUAGUUAUCAGUUAAUCCUUAUUAUUGUUUAUGUAAUCCUGAUACACUGUUUUUGUGUAUAAAAUGUAACAGUUUUGGAGCCUCCCUUAAAAAGGUUCACAGCUAAGUCAGGCUGUUGGCUAUCUUAUGGACCGUUCACCAAUAGGCUCUUAUGAACACUCUCUGCAAUACAGCCACUUGCUCGUCAUUCCAUAUGUUUUCCAAAUAUUUUCAUUUUGAUUCUCACACUGCUUUUAGCUGGAAGGUGCUCCAGGCAGUUACUACUGUUCAGUCACCAACACUACCCACCCUAUGUGUUUGUGAUGGCUUAAUGUUCUGAUCUGCUUAAGUAGAAGAUCCCAUAGGACACAAUGUGUGUGCUCCCACCAUCCAAGGAGGAAACAAAGUUUGUGUUUCACCUGACAAAUUUCCUUCCAGAUUCCACUUUGGUUUUAUUCCAUUCCUUUCCUCCUCCUUUGCUUGACUAUACAUAUAACUGUGACUUCUAGGGGAAGUACUAUAUAGGAAAGAGCCCCCUGAAGUGGUGCAUUAUGGGAGUUUCUACAUCUAGUUGGAAAUUACUAUAAAUGUUAAAAACUGUAUUUCAGUCAUUCAUAAGUUAAUACAAUAUUAAUAUUAUUUCAACUUAUUAAAUCCAUGAUUUGCCUACCUGAAACAAAACAACAAUAUGGGGAACUGUUAUUUUCAAAUCAAGAACUACUAACUACCUUUUACAUUUUAGGAUGGCCCCUGAAGUAAUAUUGGCCAUGGAUGAAGGACAGUAUGAUGGAAAAGUGGAUGUUUGGUCUCUUGGGAUCACUUGUAUCGAACUAGGUGAGUCCUAAUAUAAAUAAAAAUAAAUUGAAGAAUGUAUUUAAAUAAACUAUUUACUUGUGCUCCUAAAAUGUAUGCAAAAUUGUAUCCUAGUAUACAGUAGUCAUUAGUGUAACAAACAAGUGUAGAACAUAUUUUGCCUUCAACUUUUGUUCAUAUACAAUUCUGAAGAAAUUAGUCCAGAAGUGUAAAUCAUUUCUGCAGCUAUAGAUCUGCCUGACUAGCACUAAAACACACACUUGAAAGUGACACUGUCAUGAUUAUACACCCUUCUCCUUGCUACCAACCUAUAUUUUGUUACUGGCACUGGAUCUUAUUAUCUAGGCACUGCUGUUUUGUUCUUCUCUGACCAUGAUGUCUACAGUUUGCCUUUUUUGGGAUUCUUUUAAAUGCUGGAUUGUGUAAAUUAGCUUAGCAUGUGAAAUUUUAAACAUUGCAUAUUUCACCAUUUGCUAAACAUUGGCAACAAUCACUCCCCAUAAAAAAAGUACUUUUUUUUUUUUCUUUCUUUACCUUGAAAUAGGUUUAAAAAAAAAAAAAGAGCGAGCGAGCGCAAUACAGGGACCAAAAAUGUUUUAUUUAAAAAAAUAAACAAAUGACAGUGCCACUUUAAUUGCAACUAGUAAUCUUCGUUUUUCCCUUACUUCACACGACUGUUUUUCAUUUUGAUGAUAAUUUUUUUAGAUUGAUCGUUAUUUGUUAAGAAAAGUAUUCAAAAUUGAGUGAUAUUUGUUUCAUCGUAUUCCACAGCGGAACGGAAACCUCCUUUGUUUAACAUGAAUGCAAUGAGUGCCUUAUAUCAUAUAGCGCAGAAUGACUCUCCUUCACUUCAGUCUAAUGAAUGGUGAGUAUUCCACUUGAUAUAAAAUCUCUUGCUUAUUAGAUUUGUUUAUGAAAUAAAACCAUGAAUAACUUCAUUAACGGGCUCCACAACAAUUAUUGCUCACUUUAGUGGUUAUGGUGGAAAGCAUCUGUUGGUCCCAUCCGAUUUUUAUAUUAAACCAUUUUCAAGUAAUUUGACUAAAUUUGGGGCUAUAACAGGAUGCCCAGUCCAGCUCCUCUAAUGCUGCUUGACUUAUGUUGAUUAGCUCAGUGCUUUCAGACGAUCACUGUUGCCCGAGGGUGGGCUUGUUGGGAAUUUCAUCUGAACUUUUGGAUAUCAGUGGAAUCCUGGCAUUUGCCAAAUUACUUCAAAAUGAUGAGCAUUAAUAAUUCUGGUGCUUAGUGUCCCUUAAGCUCAACAACAUAUGUCCACAAUUGUGAGAAAUAUUAUGUAUAGACGUGCACCUAGAGAACUGCUCAGCCAGGUAUGCCACGCAAUAUAAAUUAUCAGUAGUCUUUCUUUAUAUAUCAGCAUGCAGUUAUAUGGACUUUGCAAAAUAACCUAGAAUAACAUGAUCAUCACUGCAGGAAAAUAAAAAUUUCCAUUGUGCUACCACAUAGCAGACUACCGCAGUAUAGUACAGAUUUUACAUUCAGAGAUGUUACAUACCAAAUGGGUUAACUGGCCCAGUGAGAUCUUUUAAAAUAAAAUAGAACCAUCUAUGGAUUCUGUUCUUAGUAAGUUUCAUACAAAAUACAUGUUUUUUUAGAGCAUUAUAUACAGCGUACAGACCUUCUUUGUUUCAUGUCUUUCCAUUAAACUUUAUUGCAUCUAAUCAGUGAUGGUAAUCAAUGUGUGAAUGGAUGACACCUAUUGCUUGCAUUUCAUUACUUUUUCCUGGGAUCAAGAUUUGCACAUGGUUUUACUUAAAGGGACACUACAGGCACCCAGACCACUUCUCCCCAUUGGAGUGGUCUGGGUGCCAACUCCCACUACCCUUAACCCUGCAACUGUAAUUAUUGCAGUUUUCAUAAACUGCAAUAAUUACAUUGCCGGGUUAACUCCUCCUCAGGGCACUUCCUGAUUAAUAGCGCAGGUUUUCUGUGCUAGAGCGUCGCUGGACGUCCUCACACUGUGUGAGGACAUCCAGUGCCUCUCAAUUCCCGAUAGGAAAGCAUUGAAAAGCAUUUUCAAUGCUUUCCUAUGGAGAGCUCUAAUGUGCAUCCGCGGCAUUGCCGCACAUGCGCAUUAGGUCUCCUCAGCCGGCGGGCAAGAUCAGUCUCCCCCGCCCGGCUGACGUGAUGAAGGGGAGGAGCGGCGGCGGCAACCUGAAACCAUCAGCGGGGGUCUCGGGUAAGUCACGGAAGGGGUUUUCACCCCUUCAGCAACCGGGGAUGGGUGGUGGGAGGGAGAGAGGACCUGCAGUGCCAGGAAAACAAAUUGUUUUCCUGGCACUGGAGAGUCCCUUUAACACAGUGCAUCUAAAAGUACUGGUAUGUUUACCUAGUACAUGAUUAUAUGAGAAGAGUGCUUCAAGCAUGUCUAGGUUGUAAGCUUGUUGAAGCAGAACCCUUAUUUCCAUUAACGUUGGCAACAGCUUGUCUCCCUUAUGACCGUUCUAUACCAGUAUUAAUAUGCGGACUAUAAUUUCCAGUAAUAAUAAUUACACGCAAAUGUACUAUAUCUCAAGCAGUAUACUUACAUAAAGAAAUGUAGAUAACAAUAUUAUGUACCUUGUUUAUUAUUUUUGUUUUAUUUUUGUUGCUGAAACACACUCUCACUCUUCCACUCACAGUCCCAAAUUAGAGGCAACAUAUUAUCCCUUCAUUGAGAGGAAAUGUGUAGUAUUUUAUUUUCUUUGGUUUGAAAUCUAGUCACCACCCAGUUAGUGUUCUCAAGUGGUCUCCGAGCUGCAAAUACUCUGCCAGCCAGCCUAUCCUUUUCCUGGAAGUAUGACUGUUUGUAACAUUGUCUGAAACAUGAACUUAUAUCCUCAGUAUGACAUGUUAGCUUAAUCUUUGCUGGCAAAUUACAGUGUGUGCUGUUAAUUUUAGUGUGUGCUGUUAAUCUUAAAAUAUCAACACUGCUAAGCACUGUAGUUCUUUCAGAUUUCUUGCUCAGUUCCUGGCAAUGUAGAAGUGACAUUCCUUUAUUUAUGCAUCCCAAACAACACCUCUGUUCUUCUGUGUACAUUUUUUUUAUUAGAAAUCAUCCUUGGUUUAUGGUGUGAUAUUGUGACACAUUCUUAAUUGUUUUGUAUUCAUUUUACAGUUUAGUUUGCUUAAUACAAUUUUUAUUUCAGUGUGGCCCAUCUUGUAACAUGCCCAUCACAUGCAUAUUUUUAAACUGAUGUGCUUGUUUAUGGGUUAUUUACUGUUAGAUUUUACGAGAGUAUAUUUAGAUUUUUGCUAGGUAUAUUGUCUUGCUGCCUUCUGUCUGCUAAACAAUGUGCUAUUACAGAAUGAACAGAUUUUCUCCCAUACAGACUGAGGUAAUAGUUAAGUGGCAGAAAUGAAUCACAACUUCUCUCCAAAUCCUAAUUCUAAUAACACCUUCUGAAGUUAAUCCAGAGUGCAAGUUGGGUUUUUUUUUUUUUUGUUUGUUUUUUAUAUAUGUAUGUCAGCUUUAGUUAAUUUAUCUUUUUAACUUGUUUUUUUUUUUUUUUUUUUUUUUUUCCUGUAUUUUACCAUUUAAGGUCUGACUACUUCCGGAAUUUUGUAGAUUCGUGUCUUCAGAAAAUUCCUCAAGACAGGCCAACAUCAGAUGAACUGCUCAAGGUCAGUAUGGCCAAUAUCGCAAUCUGCUUUUACCAGGUUAUUCAAUAAGCAGUGAAUUCUGCAGGGAAUUUUAGGACAAAAUGUCGAAUGACAAAUUCCCUAUGUUGCUAUAUACAUUUUAAACUCCUUACUGCAUUUCCAACACAUCAUAAUUUAGAGUAACCCUGAUAAUAUUAUCUUUUACUGAUACUCUUGAACUGCUUGAUUGCUAUGAUUUCAGCAACAAUUGCAGUUGUUGUUUCUUCUUCUUAGGAUCUUGACAUAUUUACUCAACACCUCUCCACUUUGGGAUUGUGGGUGGCCUUUCUAGCUUACUUAGUUUAGAGCACAAGCACUCUGCAAUCCUUUGCUGAAAAUGAAGAGGAGAAAGUUAGUAUUUUAACCAUAGCAUCAGCUUUUAAGACAAUAUUUUAUUCAUAGGACUUUCCAAAUUCUUCUCAGAAUGGCAAAAUAUUAGACGUUCGUUUAAUGGUUUAUUACAUUUGAGAUGUUAUUUUUACUUUGCAUUAUCAAGUAUUUGCACUUUCUGAGCAGGAGAAUUAAGUGCUUGUAUUAACUCUUAUUGCCUAAAGGGUUAAUAGGAGUUCAGCACUGUUGAAUCCUGCUAAUGCAAGUUAAUAGUUUGGUCAAAUAAUGAGUAAAUUAGACUACAUUAUAAUGGUUGACAUAAAGAUGUGUUUUGAGUACCAGGAAGAUCCAUGUUCAGCUUGCCCGAAAUGGAGUGAAUGAACCCCAUAGCCUAUUUGCACUGUAGGUGUUUGAACUUUUCUGUAAUGGUCGCACACUUUAAAUAUUUAGAUCUGUGCAUUUUGCCUUCAUUCUUGACAGUUAUGUAUAGAUUUGGCAGCUUGAUUGUAGAAAAGAAAGCAGCAUUUGGUAUUUGUCUGGUGAAGGGCACAUCUUUGUUUUAGCAUCUUAACUCAGCUGGCCUAGUAAUGCAAACGUUUGAUCUCGCAGAAUCCAGUGUAAUAUAAUAGUGCACACAUAUUUAAAAUAGAGAACUUGUGCACAUGUAAAUGUCUUUCGUGCUACCAUGAUGCACUUUCAAAUGAAUUUAUAAAUAACUUGGGUACUGGAUUUUAUGCUUAAUAAAACUGACCAACCAAUUAUUGCAAAAUCAUUAAACUAAAUUACAAACUGCAUGUACCUACAUAUCCCACAAGGAAUCAAAUCUAAAAGAACAAAACCAAUGUAACUUGGUAAUAGAUAUGGAAAAAAUGGGUGAAUACCUUGUGGCAUAAAAUAGUAAGAUUAUCUUGUUCUUGGAAGCUAUUUAAUUUUCCUGAAUAAUUUCUUUCCCUUCAUGGUGAUAACGGAGUAACAACAUUCUGAUGUAGGGAUUGUAGAAAUGUGGUAAUGAAUUUUUUUUUUUUUAAUGAGGGAGGGGAGGGGGAUUGUUCAACCUCUCACCUGGGAUAUUGCAGACCUGUGAACUUGACAUCUGUGGUGUAAAAUUAUUUGGAGGGCCCCUAUAGGUAAUAUGCAGCAAUCUAUAUUAAACAUAAAUAGGAGUCUGCUUAUUCUGUGAAGAUACAACCUUUGAAGACCGGAGUAAAAGUAUUGCUCAUAGUGUUGCUGUAAGUGUAUUCUGUUUUAGAUGUUGCGCAAUUAUAUAACUUGAUUUCGCAUAGGAAGUUGCUGUACUAGAAUCGGAUACUGGAUAAAACAGAGAAGUCUGUGGAUUGUCAAUGUAAACAUUUCACACUGAAUAAAUAUAAGACUCUGAGAGUACUACUGUCUUGGGUUCAGUACAGAUGAUGUGAAAUUUUGGAAAGGUAAUUUCCUGAAUCUGCUCAGUAUGUUUUCUCUGCAGAAGGUGAACUAGAGAUUGGAGAGGCAAGGUGGCAUUGAUUACAUUGUAAAACAAUAUGUCCUUAUUUACAAUAUAUUUUACUAGCACAGGUGUAUUUUACAAUCUUUUGAAUAUAGAAAAUAGAUGAAAAACAUGAAUAAAUAUUCAUAUUUGCAUUUUUUAACUUGACAUUUAGUAAGUAACAAACGAUUAACUGAUGUUUGUUAUGAAUUUGUUGAUCAAAUACUGAUAAGUCUUCAGAGAUUAUUAAAUGUAUGAGUCUGCAUCCUCGUAUCAUAUCAAAGCUCAAAGAAACUAAACUGUGCCAAACAUAUGCACAGCAAAUGUGUGUGUAUAUUUAUGUAUGUUUAUCUAUAUAUAUAUAUAUAUGUGUGUGUGUGUGUGUAUAUAAUAUAUAUUAAACGUAUUGUCCUGCACUCGCUGCUCCCGGUCUUGUCUGUUGCCCAGGUGCAAACUUCGACCUCCAAAUAUAUAAAUCCUUGUUUGAGGUGCACUCACAGGACUCGGAAUUAUUUCAAAUCAUGCUGUUUAUUCAAAGCAUCAAAUUUCCAAUAAAUGGUGUCAACGUUUCAGUCCUCCAGGGACUUUUCGAGUGCACUCUGGAGUCUGUAGAAAGUAUAGAUGCUUUUAUUGAGCACAAAUCAUACAUCAACAUUUCAGUCCAACCUGACUUUUCUCAAGAAGACCCUGAGAAAAGUCCGGUUGGACUGAAACGUCGAUGGAUGAUUUGUGCUCAAUAAAAGCAUCUAUACUUUCUACAGACCCCAGAGUGCACUUGUCUUUAUUCCUGUAUUAUGGCUGGAGUUGGCACCACAGGCAUUCUAAAGACCAGGGAACUUGAUUGCUUGGAUUUUGGUUUGUUUGUGUGUGUGUAUGUAUGCAUGUGUAAAUGUGUGUAUUUUUAAAUAUAUAUAUAUAUAUAUAUAAUGACAGAGCAGUUCUAUAUGCAUAGUUAGAAUGUGAACAAAUUCAUUUUUUAAUUCUAAUAUACAGUGUGUUUUGUGGUUAUCCUUUUAAAGCCUUUGACUACCCAUCAAUAUAUUUGCACAUUGGUGUCUUUUAGAAAAAGUGGUUUGGCUGUUUUUGCUAAUUUUUAAUUUGCAAAACAGUUAUUUCUCUGUAAUAAUGUUUAUUACUGGUAGGCUACAUACCAGAAGUAUGUGGAUUCAGUUUGUUCAGCUUUACCCAUGAGCAUCCCUAUGUUGAGAUAUGAAAUCUGGUUGGGUGGUCCCUGCCAGUGACUAUUCUACAUAAUUGUAUAUUAGAAAGUAAUGCAUCAUUGAUAAUGGUUCUAUCCAGCCUACCCUUUGACAAGCUUUCUAUCCAAGUACAUACAUGCCAAUGGCCUGUCAUUUAAAGGGGAACCGUCACUUAUCUAGAAAUUAAACCUUUUAAUAAAGCAUUAAAUAUCACCUAUGACCUGUACACGCGUUGCUAUGUUUCUUUUUAAAUGUUAUAUUACAUAUUUUGCAAUUUACAUAAUCCAGUUCAGACUAGAUACUGUUUGCAAAUGAGGAGGUGGAAUAGAAACAUAUUUUCAUUUCCCUUCCAUGUUAUGUUUUCUCGAUGCUUACAGCCUAGUGAAAAGCACAGAGUUUAUAGAAAUGAUUGUCAGGGAGCCACAGCUGAGGUGCCCAGUUCAAUGAUAAAGAAGUGUUGUUUUAAAUUUGUUUUCACACCUGACACACAUAUUUGUUAAAUAUAAGGAAACAUAAUAUUAAAAAUACUUAUAGUUGACAGUUCCUCUCUAAGAUCAAGGUUCUUUGCAUCAGCAUAAACGUUUAGCGAAUUCUAAAUCUAUGUCUACAGAACUGCCUUGUUAUAAAUUUCAUUCAUAAAAUAACUGUUUAAUAAAAUAUCUUCAUUAGAAUAUGUUGUUCAAUGAUGGGUUACUUGUUUCUAUAAUAAAUUCCAGUGUGCCUUUAUGCGUUAUUGAUUGUAUUCCAUCUAUUUCCAGGGAUUAAACCAGAGUGGUGAACCUUGAGUGAUGCUUGGUGACCACUGGCAACAUUUGAAGUUGACGAAUAGUUUCUGUUAUCAUAUAAUACACUUUGUGAAUUGCAUGUGUGGAGUCUCAAAAACGUUAGACUGUGCCCACUGUGAUCUUCAUUAAAUACUUGCAUAAUUAUAAUACAAGUUCACAUUUAAAUACGUGAAAAUUACAACUGCAUAUUUUGUAAUAAACUGAGUAAUGCAGUAUCCUAUUUUCAAUACUGCCUUCUAGUGGUGGAAGUUAUAAUAAUCCAACAUAGAAAAUAAAGAAAAUCUAUAUUUAAUGAGUUGUGUACCAUAUGUUUUGGUAUCGUUUAUUAGUUUAAAAGUUAAGUAUUUCUUUUUCUUCCUCACUGCUUAGCAUGUAAAAUAAAUGUCUUUUCUGUAGAAGCUUACUUCAUGGUUUAUUUACAAUUAUUUUAGAAAUCUUAUCUACAUAUCUAUUGUUUUUUUAUGUUGUUGGGUUUUUUUGACAAAUUUUACAAAAUGUAAUUAUUCACUACAGCACAUGUUUGUCCUUCGAGAGCGACCUGAAACAGUGUUAAUUGACCUAAUCCAGAGGACGAAGGAUGCAGUCAGAGAAUUGGAUAACCUACAGUAUCGUAAGAUGAAGAAGCUGCUUUUCCAAGAGGCUCAUAAUGGUCCUGCUGUGGAAACACAAGAGGAGGAAGAGGUAUUUCACUUUAUCCAGUCAUGUAUUAGGUUAUUAAUGGCUGACAUUGACAUGCCAAAAGUUUCUGCCUUUUCUGUGAUGAUUACCUAGUUAGAAGUUUGGGAGCUACAAUAACUAUGAUGCUGGUUUAGAAUAUGAUUAUAUGUGGUAUCAUGGUUAACCAUCACUGUACUAAGCCAUUGAUUUAUGAGAAUAUAUAGAUCCUGGUGGGCUAUAUUAUGGUCCAUUUGUGUCAUUUGCAUUAUUGUUAGUGGGUUACUCCAUGCCCCAUGAACAUUUCACUGUUUUGAAGUGGUCAUGGCGCAUGUACCCUGUAUGUACAGCAUUUCAGUAUUUUUUUUUUGAUGCCUUUGAUGUAAAUCCACCACUGACAGCUAUCUUUAGCCAGCCCGGAACGUGACUUCUGAGCUUACGAAUGUGAAUUCUCUAUAUAUUCAUUGCAUAGGUUUUCAUUCAUUGGCUUAAAGUGCUCUACUAACACUCUCAGCCAAUGAAUGAACAGCAGUAGCUGGAAGUAGCUCAACGUACAUUCUUGGAGGUUCGACACGUGUCAGGACCCUUCUUGUUUGCUCUAUACUAGGGAAUAGUAUCAUUGUAUUCUUGGCUCCAUAAGUAACUACAGCAAGCUACAGUGCUUGUGAUGCUUGGAAUAACCCCAUAAUUCUUAAGUAUCACAUAAACCGAUAAACCUGUAAUAGUAAGUAUUUAAAAACAUGAAUCAAGCGGUAAAACUCUGAAUAAAUUAAUUUUAGAAAUCAUUAGUAGGAAAUUAACCAACCAUCACAAUACCCAUUGAUAACUCUCUAGAUAAACAUUGCCCACGAACCAAUUCAUAACCACGAGAGCAAAGCAUAAAUUCAAAGCUAUCAAUUUAUAUUUCUAUUGUAAGCCAAUAUAUUAAAUUCCACUACAACCCAUCUUGCAAAGGUUUAUGUGACAAAUAGAUCUGACGAGUGAAACUAAGAGUGAGACUGAAUUAAUGAGUAAAACUGCUCAAUAAACUGAGAGCAGCCACACCUUGGAGACCGUUAGUUUAUUCACAACCCCAGUCACUUUGAUCUCCGGAGUUAUUGACCGUACGUGCACAAAGCUGUAGCUCAGAACUAGAAAUGGAAGAGAUUUGCUUGAAAUGCACAUGCCUAUCCCUUAAUAUGGGCUGAUGAUGUGUUGCAGAGAAAUAAGAAAAAAAAAAAAAAUUUUUCAUGUUACUGAGAGAAGGAACAGUCAUUGAAGCUGCAACAAUUUUUACAAAUCACUGAACAGUCAGCUAUAAAUUUCUAUGUGGUAUAACCUAUUUAGUGAGCAUAGGUUCUCCUUAUGUUUAAAAGGAUACUUUAUUGAAACCUAUUGGAAGUUCAUUGCUACUGGUAAAAUUAUCUGCAAAAUCAUCUACAUCAUAACUGUGUGGUGGUUUUCUAAGGAUUGCACACAUUUGUGACAAGCAGGAGCCAGGGGGCAGGUCAACCAGGCCCCGUCUUCACAGCUAAAGGAGUAAACUAUUUGUAAAUGAUUUAACCCCUUAUGAUAAGAUGGUACCCAGGACCUCCUGGCACUAUAACCGUUUCAUUGAGAAGAAAUCGCUACGGUGCCAGGAGUGUUCCUUUAAUUGUGUUUGCAAUGUAUCAUUGCACAUUUUGUUUUGAAUAUUGAGUAAGCCAUUCAAAACCUUACUGAUGAUUGUGUUUAAGCCAACUAAAACUCUUGCCUCAGAAAAGACAAAAAACUUGUGUACAGCAGCAUAGGUGUGGGAUUUUUUUAUUUAGAUUUUAUGAUGUUGAAUAAUUGUGUUGUUGACAUACAUAUGUAUAUAAAUAGACAUAUGUAUAUAAAUAGUGACCUUGUCACUCUUUGUAUCUGGCAAAGUUGUGGAAGACUUAGGUGAAAUGUAUUUUAUAGUUGCUCCUUGGUGCAUAAUUUAAGGAAAAAGCAGGAAAGUAUGACCAACUGUAAAGACACAAAAAUGUGAAGUGUACGCCUCUUGGCUAACGCACUCAAAGAUGCGAGACAAAACACAAACAGGGGGGACAUCCCAUAAAUUCCCAGAUAUUCUUAGGGCAUUCCAAGGGUUUUAUACUGACCUCUAUAAAAUACGUACUGCCCGCCUACUGUUACUGAAUUGGAGCAAUAUCUCGCUCCCCGAAACAAACAAUGCCCUACGACCUUUUACAAUAUUUAGACGCACCAUUACAUAUAGAUGAAUUUUUCUUACCAGUAAAAACCUCCCCACUGGCAAAGAGCCCAGGACCAGCCGGCUUCACUGGCCAAGUACUAUGAGACAUUCUCGAAAACUGCUCGCAGGUCCCUUCAUUAACGAAUUCAACUCCCUCAUCACAUCCCUGCAACUACUAGAUGCCGCUCUGGAAGCCCAUAUUACCCUUAUUCCUAAACCAGGGAAAGACACGACGACCCUCUGUGGGAGUUACCACCCUAUUUCCCUUAAUAAUACUGACCUUUAAAGGACCACUCUAGGCACCCAGACCACUUCAGCUUAAUGAAGUGGUGUGGGUGCCAGGGCCAGCUAGGAUUAACCCAUUUUUUUUAUAAACAUAGCAGUUUCAGAGAAACUAUGUUUACAAAUGGGUUAAUCCUUCCUCCAAUUCCUCUAGCGGCUGUCUCAUCGACAGCCGCUAGAGGCGCUUGGGUGCUUCUCACUGUGAAAAUCACAGUGAGAGCACACAAGCGUCCAUAGGAAAGCAUUGUAAAUUCUUUCCUAUGCGACCGGCUGAAUGUGCGCGCAGCUCUUGCCGCGCGUGCGCAUUCAGGCGAAUGGGAGGAUCGGAGGAUCAGCGCUGGAAAAAGGUAAGUUUUUACCCCUUUCCUCUCCCCAGAGCCGGGCGGGAGUGGGACCCUGAGGGUGGGGGCACCCUCAGGGCACUAUAGUGCCAGGAAAACAAGUAUGUUUUCCUGGUACUAUAGUGGUCCUUUAACUCGUUACUAAAAUCUUUGCCACCCGCCUAUGUCCCCUACUGCAGGGACUGGUCCACCCUGACUAGGUGGUUCUGUGCCCGUACGUGAAGCCAAAAAUAACACCACCAAAUUACUAAACCUAAUGCACUAGGCUCAACAAUCUGACACCAAGAGCCUUUUAUUAUCGAUUGACCCAGAAACGAGUGGACUGGUUCCUACUGUUCACAACCCUUAAAGCUAUAGGCUUCGGCCCAAACUGGUUACACUUGAUACGAUCCAUAUACUCCUAACUAAGAGCACGAAUUAGAACUAAUGGCCAACUAUCCGAACCCCUCCCAAUCUUAAAUGGCAUGAGACAGGGGUGCCCAUUAUCACUGCUCCUAUUUGUCCUAAUCAUGGAACCCUUUCUCCUGGGUACCAGGGACAACCCCACUAUUCACAGCUUCACUGUACAGGACAGAAAAUUAAAGGUGUCAGCCUUCGCUGAUGACCUUCUGUUUACAAUUACACAACCGUUCCUGUCUAUGCCACAGAUUUUGGAGGAAAUCUCCCUAUAUCACCAUGUGUCCAACUUUAAAGUCAAUUUCACAAAAAGUGAAAUCCUCCCAUUGGUGAUCAAUGAUCAAACUAAGACAUCUAUAAAAAUACUCCAUUCCUAGCGUCGUCCACAUCUGUUAAAUACUUGGGAAUACAUCUGCCUAUACACCUAUGAAAACUCUAUAACCUGAAUUUCCCGCUCCUAUUGCAAACUAUUUCUCAAGACCUAACUAAAUGGCACAAGCCACACUUUGGCUGGCUAUGCCGAGUAAAUAUUAUAAAAAUGAACAUACUCCCCAAAAUUCAGUACUUAUUACAGACAAUCCCUAUAGCUAUACGCAAAACGUUUUUCUCAGAAUUUAAAAAUAUAAUUUAGUCACUUCAUCUGGGCACACACCCACCCCAGACUUCCGUUUAAAACCCUCACAAGCUUCAAGGUAGCCUGGGCUUUCCAGACAUUGAACUGUACUACCAAGCCACUAUGCUCAGUAGAAUAUAUGAAUGGACGCUUCCAAACAAUUUUAAACACUGGGUCUUUUUGGAGAGAGCUGCACUCCAACACCUGCUAUACACUAUUCCAUGGCAACACACGGGUAAAGCUUCCCUCAAACCAGUUCAUGCAACGCACCCCACAGUAAUACCUACUCUUAAAGUAUGGACCCAAGUUAGGUAACUACAGAGCAUAUCUCCUCACCCAUCCCAUUUAUAUUCACUUACACACAAUCAGAGGUUUCUGCCUGGUCUCCAUCUCUCUUCAUUCGCAGCAUUCCACUCCUCCCAGUACCUCACCCAUCCUCAUUACUGAACGACCAGAGCCUUACACAUCUCAGCAGCCUUUGGACCGAUACAUCACCUUCGGCGUUACAACCAGGGGUCAAGUCCUGGGGAAAAAAGUGUGGGAACUCACCCAAGAUUCCCGCCUCCCCCCCUCCACCCCCCUUAAGAAAAUUACACUCCUAUGCAUAAAGUGCAGUGCAGGGUGUGUAUAAUGAAUGUAGUGUGUUUGUAGUGAAUGCAGAGUAUGAAUAAUAAAUGUAGUGUGUUUGUAGUGAGUGCAGUGUGAAUAAUAAUUGUAGUGUAUUUGUAGUGAGUGCAGAGUGUGUAUAAUGAAUGUAAUGUGUUUGUAGUUAAAGGACCACUAUAGUGCCAGGAAAACAUACUCGUUUUCCUGGCACUAUAGUGCCCUGAGGGUGCCCCCACCCUCAGGGUCCCCCUCCCGCCCGGCUCUGGAAAGGGGAAAAGGGUUAAAACUUAUCUUUUUCCAGCGCCAUGGAGAGCGAGCCUUCUGCCCGCAUCCCUCCUGGCUGAAUAAAGCAUGCGCGUAAGCAGCUGCGCUACAACAUUCAGCCCGUCAGAUAGGAAAGCAUUUACAAUGGUUGCGCCACUUGAGGGGAUAGGGAAGGUUUAAUCUAUUAUUAAACAUAGCAGUUUCUGAAACUGCUAUGUUUAUAAAAAAUGGUUAACCUCUAGAUUGAGACCCAGACCACUUCAUUAAGCUGAAGUGAAUCUGGGUGCCUAGAGUGGUCCUUAAGCAAAUUGUGUAUGUCGAAUUUAGUGUGUUUGUAGUGAGUGCAGAGGUGUACAAUGAAUGCAGUGUAUGUAGUGUGUUUGUAGUGAAUGCAGAGUGUGUAUAGUGAAUGUAGUGUGUGUAGUGAGUGCAGAAUGUAGUGAAUGCAGAGUGUGUAUAGUGAAUGUAGUGUUUGUAGUGAGUGUAUAGUGAAUGUAGUGUGUUUGUAGUGAGUGAAGAGUGUGUAUAAUGAAUGCAGUGUGUGAGUGCGCUGGAUGAUGUGUGUGUGAGUGCAGGAUGAUGUGUGUGUGUGAGUGCAGGAUGAUGUGUGUGUGUGAGUGCAGGAUGAUGUGUGUGUGUGAGUGCAGGAUGAUGUGUGUGUGUGAGUGCAGGAUGAUGUGUGUGUGUGAGUGCAGGAUGAUGUGUGUGUGUGCAGGAUGAUGUGUGUGUGUGUGAGUGCAGGAUGAUGUGUGUGUGUGAGUGCAGGAUGAUGUGUGUGUGUGUGUGUGAGUGCAGGAUGAUGUGUGUGUGUGUGUGUGAGUGCUGGAUGAUGUGUGUGUGUGUGUGUGUGCUUGAUGAUGUGUGUGUGAUGUGUGUGUGUGCUUUAUGAUGUGUGUGUGAUGUGUGUGUGUGCUUGAUGAUGUGUGUGUGUGUGUGCGCUUGAUGAUGUGUGUGUGUGUGUGCGCUUGAUGAUGUGUGUGUGAUGUGUGUGUGUGCUUGAUGAUGUGUGUGUGUGUGAGUGCUGGAUGAUGUGUGUGUGAGUGCUGGAUGAUGUGUGUGUGUGCUGGAUGAUGGGUGUUUGUGUGAGUGCUGGAUGAUGGGUGUUUGUGUGAGUGCUGGAUGAUGCGUGUGAGUGCUGGAUGAUGUGCGUGUGAGUGCUGGAUGAUGUGCGUGUGAGUGCUGGAUGAUGUGUGUGUGUGUGAGUGCUGGAUGAUGGGUGUGCUAGAUGAUGUGUGUGUGAGUGCUGGAUGAUGUGUGUGUGAGUGCUGGAUGAUGUGUGUGUGUGCUGGAUGAUGUGUGUGUAAGUGUGCUGGAUGAUGUGCGUGUGUGUGCUGGAUGAUGCGUGUGUGUGCUGGAUGAUGUGCGUGUGAGUGCUGGAUGAUGUGCGUGUGAGUGCUGGAUGUGUGCUGUGAGUGCUGGAUGAUGUGUGUGAGUGAGGAUGAUGUGUGUGUGCGUGUGUGAGUGCUGGAUGAUGGGUGUGUGAGUGCUGGAUGAUGGGUGUGUGUGAGUGCUGGAUGAUGGGUGUGUGAGUGCUGGAUGAUGGGUGUGUGAGUGAGUGCUGGAUGAUGGGUGUGUGAGUGCUGGAUGAUGGGUGUGUGAGUGCUGGAUGAUGGGUGUGUGAGUGCUGGAUGAUGUGUGUGGGGGGGGGGAGCAUUUUUUUCUUACUUUAUGUGUCUAUAUUUUUUUAUUUUAUUCCCCCCUCCCUGCUUCUUACCUUGUCAGGGAGGGGGGAGAUCGCCUGGUGGUCCGGUGGAGGGAACCAGCCGCUGCACAGAGGGGCCAUCACACACUGUGUUCCCUCUCCAGCUCUAACUCUCGCGAGACUCGCCUGUGCGGAGCGUUGCCAUGGUAACAGCCGCGGGUCUCGCGAGAUUUAUAGCUGGAGAGGGAACACAGCGUGUGCUGGCCCCUCAGUGCAGGUAGCAGGGCCGGUCCUGCAGGACAGGUAACGGGAACGGCGUUCCUGCUUUGGAAAAAGUGCAGGAACGCCGUUCCCAUGCGUUCCUGCAGGACUCGAGCCCUGGUUACAACAAUACAGGUACUCUCAGCUCACUCACUUUAUCACAUCCACCCCUAACCUCCUCAAAGGGAACAGACAACUUACAAUAUUUGAAAACCACUGUACUUCCAGCAACAUUAAAACUAAACAUCUCAAUGUAUAAGCUAUUGCAACAGAAAGCAUCUCCCUUCCUUGCCCAAAUACACAAGCUCUUGGGAGUCUAAGCUCAACUUUACACUAACACAAAAGGACUGGAAACGCAUAUUCAUUAAUCUACAUAAGUCCAGCAUUGGCACACACACUCAAGAAGGAAACUACAAAGGAUUGUCCAGAUGGCAUCUAGCGCCAUCAAAAAUACAAAACAUUUUAUCAAAUGCAUCAGAAGCCUGUUGGAUAUGCUCCCACCCUUAAAGGGACAUUAUAGUCACCAGAACAACUACAGCUUAUUGAAUUUGUUCUGGUGUGUAGAAUCAUUACCGUCAGGCUUUUUGCUGUAUACGCAGUCUUUUCAGAGAAAAUGCAGUGUUACAUUACAGCCUAGUGAUAACUUCACUGGCCACUCCUCAGAUGGCUGUUAGAGAUCCUUCCUGGAUCAUGGCUGCCUAAAAUGCAUCCAAACAUUCAGUAUCUCCUCCCUCUGCAUGCAGACACUGAACUUUCCUCAGAGAGAUUAAUUGAUUCAAUUCAUCUCUACGAGGAGAUGCUGUUUGGCCAGGGCUGUGUUUGACUCAUGCUGGCUCUGCCUCUUUGUCAGUCUCAGCCAAUCUUAUGGGGAAGCAUUUUGAUUGGAUCAGGCUACCACUUCUGAUGAUGUCAGCCGACUGCCUGUUUUUCUGAGUCUAACAGCCUGCAGAUUUACAGCUUCUGGCUUGAAUACAGUAAAAUUGUGUUAUAUUUAUGGAGGCAUGAGGGGCCCAGGGGGUCUAGAUGGUGAGUUUUAACAUUAUAGGGUCAGGAAUACAUGUUUGUGUUCCUGACCCUAUAGUGAUCCUUUAAGGGACAACAGAUCAUAUAUGGUGGACCUGCCCAACUAUUAGCAAAUACUGGUCCAAAAUUGUCAAAAUGAUUUGCUUAGUGACCAAAAUCAAGUUGCCUAACACACCGGAACGUGACUCUUCUUUCACUACCCGAACCCACUUCACAGAAUGACACGAUCGCUGAUCACACAUCUGCUCACAGCAGCCAUUGCUCUUAUUCCAGUGAACUGGAAAAAACUAAGAGCGCCCACGAUCCGGGAAUGGAUCAAUAAGGUAGAAUCCAUUUGCCUCCUGGAAGAGGUUCACUUUUCUUUAAAGCGUACACAUAUAGCACAUACUAAAAGCAUAUGGGGCCCAUGGUCGCUUUUUCUCAACACCGGAUGAGUCAGCAAUCAGUUAGCACACCCAAUGUAAUGGUAUACAUUAAGGGCUUCAGAUAAAUUUUUAUGCCAGACUGAAAGUUAAAUUUGUUUCCAGUUUCUCCCAAAUGUUCAUAUCUUGUUUUAAAGGAACACUAUAGUCACCUAAAUUACUUAAAGCUGUUUUAGUGUAUAGAUCAUUCCCCUGCAAUGUCACUGCUCAAUUCACUGUCAUUUAGGAGUUAAAUAACUUUGUUUCUGUUUAUGCAGCCCUAGCCACACCUCCCCUGGCUAUGAUUGACAGCCUACAUGAAAAAAAAAACUGGUUUCACUUUCAAACAGAUGUAAUUUACCUUAAAUAAUUGUAUCUCAAUCUCUAAACUUAACUUUAAUCAUAUACAGGAGGCUCUAGCACGCUAUUAACAUAGCAGGGGAUAAGAAAAUCUUAAUUAAACAGAACUUGCAAUAAAGAAAGCCUAAAUAGGGCUCUCUUUACAGGAAGUGUUUAUGGAAGGCUGUGCAAGUCACAUGCAGGGAGGUGUGACUAGGGUUCAUAAACAAAGGGAUUUAACUCCUAAAUGGCAGAGGAUUGAGCAAUGAGGCUGCAGGGGCAUGUUCUAUACACCAAAACUGCUUCAUUAAGCUAAAGUUGUUCAGGUGACUAUAGUGUCCCUUUAACCAGUACAAGAUUAUACUACACAGGCAGGAAUAGCACUAGCCCCUCAAUUCCUGUUUCGAAUAUGCUGUAACCCUUUUAGGUCAAAGAAAUGUAGUUACAUUGUAUUCCUCCAACAGAAUGUUUGUUUGACCAUGUGUUUACAAUAGCAUUAUACUUUGUUCCUAAGGUACUCAUACACUGUAGUGUUGCAAUGCCUGUAACCAGUCAAAAGUCAAUACAAAAUUUGAAAACAAAAAAAUUAACAAAAUAUGAAGUGUAAUUUAUCAAAAUAAAUCUAAUUUUGAGAAUAAGUGCAUUGUUUAUUGCACUUUAUUAUUUAUUUUAUUAUUCAUUUAUUCUUACGAAGUGCUAAUAUCUGUUUUGUAUUUUUCUAGGAGCAAGAACAUGGAGUUGGCCGGACAGGGACAGUGAAUAGCAUUGGUAGUAACCAGUCCAUUCCCAGUAUGUCAAUCAGUGCCAGUAGCCAAAGUAGUAGUGUGAAUAGUCUUCCAGAUGCCUCGGAUGAUAAAAGCGAGCUUGACAUGAUGGAAGGAGAUCACACUGUAAUGUCGAACAGCUCUGUCAUCCAUUUAAAACCGGUAAAUAUAGAACAGAAUAGAGUGUUGCUGCGUCAUUAGUGUGGUACAUUAGUCUGUUUCAUUAAAAUACAGAAGUGGUUGGUUUUUUUUUUUUCUUCCUUGCUUUUAAAUUUGUCUUGGAUUUUUAAUCCCUUAAGGACGUUGGGGGGUUCUAUGCCGUCCUUGGGGACCCAGCUCUAAAUGCAGGUGGCAUAGAACGUACUUACCCGGUUGCUGGCGAUCCCACGCUGGCCACCGUGGUGUGGGGAGUCCCCAUCCUCUCUCACAUGGCCCCACUGGGCCAUGUGAUUGCGAGGACCUCACGAUCACAUGGACGGCAUGCUGCCCCUGCUGCCUGAAAAUAGUAAAAAAAAAAAAAAAAGUUAAAGAUACAGUUUAAAAUAAAAUAUAUACUUAGAUCAUAUAUAUAUAUUCAUUAUAUAUAUGAUCUUAGUGUGUGUGUGUGUGUGUGUAUAUAUAUAUAUAUAUAUAUAAUAUAUAUAUAUAUAUUAAAAAUACACGUGCAGUGAUAUUGAUUAAAUAUAUAAUUUUCAUUUUAUAUAUAUAUAUAUAUAUAUAUAUAUAUAUAUAAUAAAAUAAAUAUGUACAUAGUUAAAAAAUAUAUAUAUAAAUUCGUUCUAACCGUAUUUUAAAAUUUAUAUAUAUAUAUUGAUGUCAAAAUACAUGUAGAACAAAAUAAUAUAUAUAUCUAUAUACCAAAGUAUAUAUGUAUAUAUCACUAUAUACUUAUAUAUAAAUAAAAAGAAUUUAAAUACACACACACACACACACACACACACACAUGCAAUCAGUCAUGAGCACUCCCUUGGAUUUUCAAAAAAGGUAUUUAAUCCAGUGUUAGUAACUCACAUCAACGUUUCGACCCUACAGGGUCUUUAUCAAGAUAGUAACAACGUGCAAAUAGUAUCAAUAUAUAGCAGAAUAAGAAGAAAUCUAACUUACCCCACCUGUAAAGUGAUCCCCGCGUUCAUCAAGUGCCGAUCAAUCGUGCGCAAGUGUGGUUACGUCCGUGCAUACGUGCGUGAUGACGUGCCCAGAGACUGUGUCCUCUGUUAUAGGUAUGUUACAGCUUUGGGCGAUAUGUUCCGGUUUCUAUCACACUACAUAUUCCAAUAUCUGUCUGAUCUUCCGUUUUGCUAUGGUUUUUAUGGUGGCUUGGGGUUACCAUGGAUAUGGUUUGUGUCCAUGGGUUUACGCUGUGGUCACGUUAUCACGCACGUAUAGGGGCACGUAUGCACUGACGUAACCAAACAUGCGCAUGAUUGAUUGGCACUUGAUGAACGCGGGGAUCACUUUACAGGUGGGGUAAGUUAGAUUUCUUCUUAUUCUGCUAUAUAUUGAUACUAUUUGCACGUUGUUACUAUCUUGAUAAAGACCCUGUCGGGUCGAAACGUUGAUGUGAGUUAACACUGGAUUAAAUACCUUUUUUGAAAAUCCAGGGGAGUGCUCCUGAUUAAUUGCAUGUAUCUACUGGCUUGGAAGCACCCGUGUAAUAUUACUCCCUGUAUAUAUUUUUGGAGGAUGAGUGCCAGAGUUUGGCCAUAUAUAUAUAUAUAUAUAUAUAUAUAUAUAUAUAUAUAUAUAUAAUAAUUUUACAUAAUUAAGUCAUUUUAGUAAUUACAAUUUGCGGGACCUGCCUGACAAUCCAGGCAAAAAAUUCGCCAGGUUGGUUAUGUUGCAUUUGAGACAGUAUGUUAGCCCAGGAAUGAAAAUUACCCCCAUGAUUGCAUACCAUUUGCAAGGUAUUGCAAAUGGGCUAUGUCCAGUCUUUUUUAGUAGUCACAAACACUGGCCAAAAUUGGUGUUCAAAUUAGUUUUUUGCAUUUUUCACACACAAACAAAUAUUAAUGCUAACUUUGGCUAGUGUUUGUGAAGUGGCUACUAAAAAAAAAACUGAACAUACUCCUUUUGCAAUACUUUAAGCCGUCUUCUUUUGCAAAUGGUAUUCCAUCAUGGGGGUAAUUCUCAUUCCUGGACUACCAUUCGAUCUCAAAGGCAACGUAACCAAUCUGGCGAAUUUGAAUGUGAAAAAAAUGAAUAAUGUAACAUGCUAUAUUUGACCCUGUAACGUCCCAAAACCUUAUAAAACCUGUACAUAGGGGGUAUUGUUUUACACGUGAGACAUCGCUUAAUACAAAUAUGUGUAUUUUAUUUCAGUAAAAUCAAACCAUAUUAUGACAUUCACAGUUACUGUCACGUAGAAUUAAAAAAAAUUGUAAAAUUCUUAUUUUCUCCCUUUUUUUUUUUUUUUCUUUUUUUUUAUUUUAUUCAUAUUAAAUUGUUUCAUACCUAAAUAGUGGUUGUUAAAUGAAAGCCUUGUUUCCCUUGAAUAAAAUGAUAUAUAAUAAGUGUGGGUGCCCAUAAUAUGAAAGAGGCAAAUUACGCCUGAACAGACUUAUAGCGCAAAUUCCAGUUUUUGUUUACGUUUUGUUUUGAUCACAACGUAUACAUUUGGCUCAGUCCUUAAGGGGUUAAAUACAAUGUAGGUGUAACAUUAAAAAUCAUGGGAAAAGACCGUUCCCUUUUUAGGAUCAAUUGCUAUUUUUAGUAAGAAAACGGUACCCUUGCAGCAAAUGGCAAUAAAUCAUAUUCCGUAAAGUUUUAUUUAGCACGGCAAGUAAUAUAAAAUGAGAAUAAAAAUAGAGAGUAUUAAAUAUGGCUUUAAUAACAGUUUAUAAUAGUCCAUUGAGAUAAACCUUACUUGUUGCAGUAAAUCUAGUAGUUUUCAAACAUUCAUUGUAGAAGAAUUAAUUUGUCAGGUUUACUUGAUAGUAAGUCAAAUAAAACUCAAAUUGUUUUAUUUUUCUGGUAAAUGUCAUUAUUGUGACCCACGCUUUGUUUCUUCAGGCAUAUUGACACAAGUUUUUACAAAUCGUAUACCGCUGAAUUAGCUUUUCAAUUAAGUUGUUCAAACUCAGCAGCUAUAGUGGAAUCCUGCACAUCUUUGCCUUGCACACUCAAUUGCCAGAAUUGUACUAUCCUAAGUGAAUAUAUAGCAUAUGUACCUUUUCAAAUAUAAGCAUAGUUCAACUUUUUAUUUGCUGUGAAUCCAUAGCUGCCCAGCUUACAUUUUGAAAUUGCUAAAUUAGUAUCUUACUAGUGCUUACUAGUUGCCAUAAAAAAGCUGCUCAUAUCGAUUAAUUCUUGUGGUGACAUACAAUAGCAUGUCAUCUUUUAGUUCACCUCUAGUUCUAAUUCAUGCCCAGACUUAUGACUGGAACAUUGAGCGUUUUCUGUUUAACCACUCAUAUUAUUGUUUUUACACUGUUUUUUUUUUUUAAAUUUUUUAUUAUUAUUAUUAUUUUCCACAUCUUUGCUACAAGCUUGAUAUUUGGUAAGCUUUUCAUGUAGCGGUAUUUGCAUUAUUUGAACAGAGAUAUUUUGUCAGGACACGUUUUCAUAAAAUUAAUUUUGGGGGUAUGAAAAAUUCCACCUUUUGCAUUUUCCUGAAUCUUGAGGAAGUUUUAUUCAUUGCAGUGAAGUCACUUCUCUAAGUUAGACUUAAUGUUUCAUUGUUUUUAUACAGUUUUGGUAAACCCUCCCACCUUCCUCUCAUAACGUAAUUUACUUACUGUAGGUUUUUCUUUAAGUAUGAUUUUUUUUUUUACCUGUUUGUUUUAAGGAGGAAGAAAGUUACCAAGAAGACCCUGAACCAAGAAUGCGGCCAUCAGAACCUCAGUCCCCUCCCCAGGUUUCUCGUCACAAGUCUCACUACCGCAAUCGUGAGCACUUUGCCACCAUACGCACAGCCUCGCUGGUAAGUUGUCAGUUUCAAUUAAAACUUCUCAUUGGGUACAUUGUGUAUGUGUUUUUUCUAAAAAAAAAAAAAAAAAAAAAAUUUAUGUUAAGUGGCAUAAGCUUAACCCCUUCAGAUCGGAGGGCGUACUAUUACGCCCUACUUUAGGCGGCUCCAAACGCCGCCGGGCGUAAUAGUAUGCCUUCCGGUUUUUGUUUACUUAACCAGUCGCCGGCGAUCGCAGUUGGGGGGACUCCAAUACACGUAGAACGAAAUUAUAUAUACCUAUAUAUAAAUAAAAAUAUUAAAAAAAAAUUAUAUAUGUAUAUAUGUAUAUAUAUAUAUAUAUAUAGUGAUAUAUAGAUAUAUAUUAUUUCGUUCUACGUGUAUUUUGAUAUAAAUAUAUAUUAUCACAAUACAGUUAGAACGAAAUAACAUACAUCUAUAUAUUUUUAAUUAUUUUUUAAUUUUAUUUUUUACGUAUUUACAUAUUUAUUUUUUAUAUUAUAUAUAAAUCUAUAUAUAACAAUUAUAUAUAUAUAUAUAUAUAUAUAUAUAUAUAUAUAUAGUUAAUCAGUAUCAGUCUACGUGUAAUUUGAUAUUAAAAUAUAUAUAUAUAUAUAUAUUAAUAGUAAGAUACACCUAGACAGUGUAUGAGUGUGUAUGUAUAUGUGUAUAUAUAUAUAUAUAUAUAUAUAUAUAUAUAUAUACUUAGAUCAUUUAUAUAUAACAUAUAUAUAUUUAUGUAAUAUUUUUGCAAAAUUAGGUAUCUUAAUUAAUUACAAUUAGCGGGACCUGCCUGACAACCUAUGCCGAAAGAAAAGGGAAUUGAAUUUUCUAGCACUAUAUUUAACCCUAUAACUUUCCAAGACACCAUAAAACCUGUACAUGGGGGGUACUGUUCUACUCGGGAGACUUCGCUGAACACAAAUAUUAGUGUUUCAAAACAGUAAAAUUUAUUACAACGAUGAUAUUGCCAGUAAAAGUGACGUUUUUUUUGCAUUUUUCAUGCACAAACAGCACUUACAUGGACGAUAUUAUUGCUGCAAUACUUUUUACUGUUUUGAAACACAAAUAUUUGUGUUCAGCGAAGUCUCCCGAGUACAACAGUACCCCUCAUGUACAGGUUUUAUGGUGUUUUCAAAAGUUACAGCAUCAAAUAGAAGGCUUGUGUUUCAUUUUUUAGGUUGCCUUUGAGACCCUAUGGUAGCCCAAGAAUGAAAAUUACCCCUAUGAUGGCAUACCAUUUGCAAUAGUAGACAACCCAAGGUAUUGCAAACGGGGUAUGUCCAGUCUUUUUAAGUAGCCACUUAGUCACAAACACUGGCCAAAAUUGGCGUUUUUUGCAUUUUCACACACAAACAAAUACUAACGCUAACUUUGGCCAGUGUUUGUGACCAAAUGGCUACUAAAAAAGACUGGACAUACCCCAUUUGCAAUACCUUGGGUUGUCUACUAUUGCAAAUGGUAUGCCAUUAUGGGUGUAAAUUUCAUUCCUGGGCUACUAGACAGUCUCAAAGGCAACAUAACCUAUCUGGCGAAUUUCAAUUUCAAAUGUAAUGUGCUAUAUUUGAUCCUGUAACUUCCCAUAAAACCUGUACAUGUACUGUUUUACACGUGAGACUUUGAAUACAAAUGUGUAUUUUAUUGCAGUAAAAGCAAACAGUAUUAUGACAUUGACAGUUAAAAUGUCAUGUGGAACUAAAAAAUAUUUUAAAAAUCUUAUUUUCUCACAUUUUUUUCAUAUUAAAUUAUGUUUCAUAGCUAAAUAUUUGAUAUUAAAUGGAAGCCCUGUUUCCCCUGAAUAAAAUGAAAUAUAAUAAGGGUGGGUGCAUUUACUAUGAAAGAGGUGAAUUACGGUUGGACAGACAUGUAACGCAAAUGCCAGGUUUUGUUUACAUUUUGUUUUAUUCACAACGUGUACAUUUGGCUCCGUCCUUAAGGGGUUAAUAACGAAGUAACAAUUUUGUUCAGCACCAUAUUUUUAUAUUUUUUAGCCUCCACCAUCUUUCUUAGCCUGGCAGCAAUAUGUAUUCCCUACCUUUGCCUGUCCUCCUUCUUGCAUGCAAAUCUGCAUAUGACUUUUGCUCCUCUUGCUGUUAGCCUCUGGCUUUGCUUAUGACUUUCGUAGAUUUAAGUUUAAGAUCUACGUGUUGUGAUGGCGUCCUUAGAUGCAUUUCCAUUUGCAAGUUCCUACUUGCGACCCAUAGAGUGUUUGUUUCUCUGCUAGUAGAAUAGGAAUUCCAAAGUUCUCUAGCAGUUCCUUGAAUUUGCAGUUGUAAUCCUUUAAUGUUUUUUUUCUGGCUAUUUCUUCUGCAAAGAGGGAUUCUGGCCUUUUUUUUCUAUUGCUUACCUCCUCUUUUGGUGUUUUGAGGUUGUUGGGGUUUUUUUCUUUGUGGGGGGUUUAUUAGUUUGCUUUUUGUUUUUUACUGAGGUUCAUACAGUAGUGAGGACCUAGUGUUCGUUUUUUGUUUGUUUGUUUUUUAACAAAAUGUGUUCUUCUCUAUUGAUGUCAGCCAGGAGAUUGUUGUCCUUUCUUUUGCUCUUCACCCCUGAAUAACAAGAGCUUGUUUGGAUGUUUGCGCUCUCAAAUAUUCUUUUGGGGCAAGUAGUUCCUUUAUAAUGUGUCCUUUGUUUGUUCAUAUUUAUGAACCCCAUUUGGGUCAAAAGGCUCCAGUCAUCACUGGUGUCAAGUGGUUCAAGUCCAUGAUGUGAAUGGCUUGUGCUCUGGCUAACAAGCAUUCCUUGGACAAGGUUACUGCUAAUUCAACUCAUGCAUGAAAUCUCAUGGCCCUUUUCCCAAAUCUGCAAGACAGAUUCUUGGUCGUCUUUGCACACAUUUUCUAAAUUUAACAGUUUUUAUUUUUGGAUCUAUUGACACUGCUGAGAGGUUCUCCGGGCAGCAAUUCUCAUUUUGUCACCAAAACAAACUGCCCUAGGGUUAAAGUGCCCUUGUGUCCAGCUCUUCUUUGUGACUUGUGAGCUGCUGUCACCAUCCAAGAAAGCAAAACAUAGUUUUGGUUUUACUUAACAAAUUCCUUUUGUCAGAUUCAAUGCGUCCAUCUGUCUUCUGUGAGGAAGAAAGAGAAGUAAUGAUUCUAGUGGAAGGGCUAGAGAGGGAGAAGCAUGCUGAAGCAUUGCAUUAUGAGUGUUUACUUAACCAGUUGGGAGGGGCAUAUAUGACAACAAGUGGGCUCUCACCAUCCGAAUGGAAAGCAGUGGCGUCUCUAGGAUUAAUUUUUAGGGGGGGCACAUGGUGGGCCAGGGACAAAAGUAGGGGGGCACAUUUAACCCCGCCCUCGCCGCAGUUUGACUCCGCCACUGCUGCAUGUUAAGCCCCGCCCCCUACACAAUGUGUUUUUUGUUUUUGUUUGUUUGUUCGUUUGUUUUUAUAAGCCCUGGUGGAGGAUUCAUUAUUUUCCACUAGGGAUUAUUACAAAACAAAUACAUUUUCCUUGAUACAGUGCCAUAGUUGUCAACAUUUGAAAAAAAAUUCUAAGGACAUUUUGCAGCACAGCUAUCAAUUGUCUGUGUAUAAUAUCCCUGGACAGUCAGUGCUCUCUGUAUAAUACAGGGUUGUGUGUAUAAUAUCCCGGGACGGUCAGUGCUCCCUGUAUAGUGCUGCUCUCUGUAUAAUACAGGUCUGUUUGUGUAUAAUAUCACAAGACAGAGAGCAGCACUAUACACGGAACACUGACUGUCCCAGGAUAUUAUACAGACACAGACCUGUAUUAUACAAAUAGCAGCACUAUACAGGAAGCACUGACUAUCCCGGGAUAUUAUACACACACAGAUCUGUAUUAUACAGAGAACAACACUAUAGUAUUAUACAGAUAGCUGAGCAUAUACCCCAUGUCCCAAUCUCUAGACUACUAGUACCUGUCAACAGCAGCUCCCAGAUGCAUGUAACAGAGCUAAAGUGUGCGGCAGCUCACACAGGUGAUUCAGCGGAUAAAGCGCACUUGCUGGCAGAGCCAAACUGGGAAUCCCCGGGGACAAAAAAAAAAUUAUGAUAUAUAAUGAGUCAGUGAGCUUAUAAUAUUACAGUAAGCACACAGGCUCACUGACAUGCGCAAAUAGGCUCACUGACAGACAAAACUCUCUGACUCACACACAAGCUUACUACAGGCAAACUCACUUGUAUAAACACAAGGCUCACUACAAAGAAGUUCAAGGGACACACGCAUGCUCACUAAAGACAAGCUCACUGACACACAUGCUCACUGACGCACACAAGCAGUACCAUUUUAACAGCGUUAAGGGCCCCCGGGCAAAUCAGUGCACUGGGGCCCUUCCUACACAACAACUCACAGGAAUAACAACAUUUUAAUUAUUGAUAGACUGCUGAGUACAUACACACAGUACACUGAAUAUGAACACAGAGAGACUGCUGAAUACACACACACAGAUUUCUGAAUGCACACAGGCUGAUUUAUACAUGUACACACCACCGCUGAGUCCUGUACACACACACACAUACUGCUGAGUCCACACACACACACACACACAUACUGCUGAGUCCUGCAUACACACAUACCGUGACUGCUGAGUCCACUUAAUACACACAGCACACCCAGACCAGUCCAUCCACAUACACGCAGACUGCUGAGUCCAUCCACACACACACACAGACACUGUCCAACACACACCAACACACACACAUGCAGACUGCUGAGACAACACACACGACCGGGAUCUCCAUUCACACACACCACACACACGCACAUCCCACACACACCACCCCGUGACCCACAGUCCACACCACACACACACACACACACACACAACACCGACCGAGUCCAAUACCACACACGGCACACACCAACAUCACCAACAGUCCAGACACACACACACACACACACCCAGACUGCCUGAGUCCAUACACACACACACCGCUGAAACCAUACACACACACACACACACACACACACGCAGACUGCUGAGUCCAUACACACACACACACACACACACGCAGACUGCUGAGUCCAUACACAUACACACACACACACACGCAGACUGCUGAGUCCAUACACACACACACACACACACACGCAGACUGCUGAGUGUGUGUGGACUCAGCAGUCUGCGUGUGUAUUGAGUCCCCUCUGGCCCCCCUCAGCGACGCCACUGAGAGAGUGCAGACAAAAUAUUGUUUUCAUUCAUGUUUGUUACAUCUUUAAUUUUAAUAAAUCAGCCUGAGGAGGUUAUAUCAGUAUCUUAUGAUUACUAAAUAUGACCUUGUAAAUAGAAACUGUAAUGCCUGAUGAUUUCCACAGAAAGUCACACUUCAUAUUUUGCAUUUAACCUAGAUCCCAUCAAUCUGUAUAAGAAGAGUUCACUGAAAUUUCUUGUAGAAUUGACUGAGUACAACAUGGAUUAACCAUCACAUUUUUUGUAUUUAACAAAGUAGGCACCAUUGCUUAAAGGGAUUCGAAUGUUCUCAAUAACAGUGUAUUUUAUAUUAUCGGUGUUCCUGGUGUCAUUGGAUUUCAGGACUAAUGGCAAUGCUUAUGUUUGUCCUGGGACAGCAUCUAGACCCCAAGAAUCCUACAUAGAGGUUUAGUGCUUUUGGUGAUUAAAGUGUCACUUUAAUGACAUUUCAUUUUGGAUUACCAAGAUCUAGUGCCCUUAUAAAAUGAUUUCCACACAUUAUCCCAUAACUUAACUUUUUCAUUUGAUUAUACUAAAAACAAUUCUGAACAGGGUAAUAUAAAAUGUAUUGAUGUACAAUUUUUUAGGUGACGAGGCAAAUUCAGGAACAUGAACAAGAUUCAGAACUGCGGGAACAGAUGUCUGGUUACAAACGUAUGAGGCGGCAACAUCAGAAACAGCUGAUGGCACUGGAGAACAAACUAAAGGCAGAGAUGGACGAGCAUAGACUUCGACUGGACAAAGAUUUAGAAACUCAGAGAAACAACUUUGCAGCAGAAAUGGAAAAACUCGUUAAGAAGCAUUCGGCAGCAAUGGAUAAAGAGGUGAGAACUUCUUAUGAGAUAAUAAAAGUUCUGUUAUUGCUAGCAGAUAGAUACAGUAUACUCUGAACUAUUUUGUUCCUUCAUUUUUCCUGGCAUAGAGAUAAAACUACAAAUGGUAUCUUUGUAGAUGCAGUGGUCUCAUUUAUUGUGAAGGUCAAAUAACUUUUAAAAUCUAAAUAAGCUGCCUGUGUAUUUUUGAUUAUUUUCUUUAUAUCACUUUAAACUGCAAAUGAUUUGACAAUGUUCUCUUAUUGUAGUUAAAGUUAAUGGCAAAUGAGGAGAAAAAAUUCCAGCAACAUAUACAAGCUCAGCAAAAGAAAGAGUUGAACAGCUUCUUGGAAUCACAAAAACGAGAAUAUAAAUUGCGCAAAGAACAGCUGAAAGAGGUGAGGUCACUGUCUUUGGAAAUAAUACAAAACUGCGGCAUGCUUACUUCAAGUAUUUAUCACUUCCCUUACUAAUGUUCAAGCAAACGGUAAAUGUAAAUUGCAGAAACAUGCUAAUGCAUUUUUUUCUUUUUCUUCAAGGAACAUUCUAAAGUUUAAAAUAAAUAUCUUCAGUAUGCAUGAAGACAUCAGUAACAACAACUUUUGUCUAAUCUAAUGCUGGGAAAAUAGUGCAUGUGCAGCAGUAGCAACUCAGACAGCAAAAUAUUUUGCUUGAUGAAACCAAAUCUGAGGCUGUAAAGAGACUUUGCUGUUGAGAGCGAACAGAAGUUCCUGCUUAGGAGCUUCAGGCUCCCUAUCAGAAGUAGUGGAAGCAGGGAACAGUGCCCAGUAGACUCAGUGGCAGAUCCAGGGAGAUGUGCUGCUGGGAGCUCAUCAGAAAGCCCAUAGAGAGGGCAAACCAGACAAACAGGCCGGGGCCUGGUCGGGUGUGCAGACCUUUAGCAGCACAACCGGGCCCUUUGAAUAUGUGCAGAGAAUGCUGGGAGGAAGUGCUACAGUUAAGAACUAAUAUUUUUUUAAAAAAAAUAAGUUUAUUCUUUACUGAAUGCACUGUUAAAUGAUUUUUGUAAACAAUUCACUUUCUAAAUCAUUACACUAGAAAGCAAACCUUUUUUAAAGGGUUACUCUAACCUCCAUGUGACCAUUUUAGUGAUCUGAAGUGGUCAUGGUGUAGGAGUCUGUACUAAUAAGAUGCAUAUUUGCAAUGAAAGCCUUUGGAGAUAAUUUUCUUACAGAUGAAAGCUAGAAUUUCUAUUCUGAUUUGAUUUCUCUGGACUUUGCUUUAAUUCUAUUGAUGUUUGUAUUGUUUCUUGACUAGGAGCUAAAUGAAAACCAGAGUACCCCAAAGAAAGAGAAACAGGAAUGGCUAUCCAAGCAGAAGGAAAAUUUCCAGCAUUACCAAGCUGAAGAAGAGGCAAAUCUUCUACGGCGUCAAAGGCAAUACUUAGAGUUGGAAUGUCGCCGAUUUAAGCGGCGUAUGCUGCUUGGCAGACACAACCUAGAGCAGGAUCUGGUCAGAGAGGUAAACGACAAUAACUGCAUUGCUCAAACUAUAAACUCUCCAUGAAAUGUUGGGACCCAGGUUUUGUUCCUGACCCAUGUGCUGGGAACUUCUGACUUGUAGACAAUAGAAUGUCCUAUAUUUGACCCAUUCAUUCAAUACUUUUCUUUAGGAGCUAAACAAGCGGCAAACUCAAAAGGAUCUUGAGCAUGCAAUGCUUCUGCGGCAACAUGAGUCUAUGCAGGAGCUAGAGUUUCGGCACCUCAACACCAUACAAAGGAUGCGUUGUGAGCUGAUUAAGUUACAGCACCAAAUCGAACUCACCAACCAGAUGGAGUACAACAAGAGACGGGAGAGAGAACUAAGACGCAAGCAUGUCAUGGAGGUCCGACAGCAGCCCAAAAGCCUCAAGGUACCAAGAGCUUAGGAUUCUUCCUAUCCAAGUAGUUUAAAGUUUAUUGCAGCAGUAAGGUUUAUGCUAGUCAGUAAUGCGAGGGUGUGUUAUUUUAUUUAUAGUUUUGUUCAUUUUUUGGUUGGAUUUUGACAUGUGUUGAGCUAUUGGUUUUGCAUUGAACACAUUUUCAAUGUCUUUUUAGUUUUCAUGCGAUUUUUCUACUCCUAUUUAUUCUGCUAAAAGAACAUCAUGUCCUUCAGGCCAAAAGACCCAUUCUUUUGAUGGAUAGUGGAGCUAAUUUUUUUUACAAAUAUACUCUCAGGAAGUCUUGGUGUCUUGCCUUCCCUAGCAAUUUAGAUUGCAAUUUGAGCUCUUGAUUCUGCCUAGUCAUGAGCAGUUUCCUUUGUACAAUGACAGAUGUUUUGAUUGCAACUCUGUUAUUAACAUGUUUUUGUACUUAUUUGCUUGGAUUUUGUUGGAUAUUGGGAAGGCAGCUGUCUCCUUCUCUGUGCUCUAGGCUGAUUAGCCUCUUAUAUACGAGGCAAUAAUCCAUCUGCCUACAAGGUCUAUAUUUCUGCAUGCCCAAAUUAGGCGAGAAGCUUACUGACAUGUAACUUUUUUUUUAAAUUCUUUAUUUUUCUUGUGCAUAUGGAAAACAAACAUUUGGUCUUGCAGUGCCACAACAGCUACUGCAGGCUUAUCUUGAACAUUAGAUUGAUAUGGCAUCCGAUUGACUAGCACAAUUUUAUGGUAUAUUAUCAUGAGAAGCGUAAGAUUUCUGACUGUUCUAUAACGCGCGGACUAGGAAUUAGUGUGAGCGUUUGCAGAUUUCGUGUAAGAACGAUAGACUGAAGCGAGCAGCGACAGUUUAACUCGGUUAAAGUAAAAUCUGGCUUAGGGUGGUGCUGCCCUGAAUGUAGGAAAGGCGACAUGCGACAAUGAGUAGGUGAGCAGCCCUUGUUGGGCAAUCCGUUGCCUGUUCAGACCUAAGAUAUGACUGCGAAGGGCUUAGUGUGCUGCAAAAUUGUUCCUCGGUUUGUUAAUGGAUUCUGACGUUAAGAUUAAAAAUAAUAGAAAUAAAAGAUAAAUAAAAAAAGGAGAAAUUAAAAUUCAGAAAAGGGGGGUUACAUGCCUGGGUGUCUGAAGCGAAUAGAUGCGCCCUAGUGCUUGCUAGUAUAGUGUAGUGUACUGGUUGGUACACUGCGCAGUGUGCAAGAUAUAAGUCUAAUAUUGAGCGUAGGCAGAGGUGUUUAUGGGACACAUUAAACGACUUGAAAGCAGAGUUCUAACAGGAGUCCAACAGGUUAAGCAAGGUCUGUAGUGUCUUCUGCAUAGCUGUAUUAUACAUGUCGUCCCAUGAAAAGCAUUAUUUAAAAAAAAAAAAAAAAAAGUUUUGAAAAAUUUAAUGAAAUAAAACCUUGUAUACUGUGAGUCUUAUAAUCAGGCAUGUAGUUGUCGGAAGGACGGUGGCAUAGUCAGAGAUUUCUCUGUCAGCCUAUGCCCUGGCUUGGGUAGAAAUAGUGGCCGUCCAUGGAUUGUUCCAUGCUGGAGCUGAGCGUGGCUGUCUGCAGGAGAUGUAGCUCAGUCUCGGAGGCGCUGUGGUCUUGAUCCAGGGUAGGGAGCGGUGUCAUGUGCUGUGAUCCAGGUGCUUGCAUGAGCCUGUGUAUGAGUCUCUCGGUGGUGUUCAGGGUGGGCAGGUUACAUGCCGUGCCUGUCGAUCGGCUGUCCCUCUGCGUGUCUCUCCUCAUGUGAGCUCGGGCAUCGUAGCCACUUUGAUCCGACAAGCGUUGGAGUAGUGUGUCGUAGGGAUCCCACCUGUCAGGCUGCCUCAAGCAGGCAUGUCGCGUCUGCCUUGCGUGUGUAAGGGUCUCAGCCAGCACGGGAGAAAAGAUGGCGUUAUUCCCCUUAUGCGUUGGUGAGUUUGUGUUUGCCGCCGUUUUAGUGGGGCCUCGUGGUUUGAGUAGCGAGGUCCCUGGUGCGGUAAGGGAUGCAGGGUGCGGUCGGGGGCUGGUUGCACACCCAAGGGAGUCCAGCACGACACCGUCGGGCAGGAUAGCGGGGCAGCGGCCGUCCACCCCACUCACCACCGGAGUAGGCCUCAUCCUGUAGACAACUGGUAUCGGCUCGAGGGACUAAAACAAAGGGUUUGCAAGCCUCUCCUCUGAGCCAGUGCUCCCUUGUGCUUCGGACCACGGUUGCAGGUUGUUAAUUAGGUGUAAAAUCUGCUUUUGUAAGCUUAAAGUUUGGAGGUUUGCAGGAGCUGUUGGUAUAUGCGACCGUUCGGUUUGGCGGUAAGGCCCCGUCCCCGACGUGUAACUUUUCAAGGAACACUCCUCUGCUCAAAUAUAAAUUGUUUAGUAGAUAUAUUUCAAAUGAAAGCAUGCAUUUAAUAAGCCAUUUUUUAUUGGGAAUAUAUCUGAAAACAGCUUGCAAAAGCUGCAGAUCUCUUCUCUAAAACUUUUGGAAGCCCUCUUCUUUUAACCUUCGCCCAGACUUUCUGUGGUUGUCCAAUCAUAGAUAUCCCAAUGCAGCUCAAUGAGAAGUCUUGCAAGGCAGAUGCAGUCUCGGAGAGCUUCAUUCAGAACAUUGUCAUAUCUUCUCCCCAGCACUGAGUCAGGAUGCAAAAUGGGAGUGCAGGGGAUAGCAAGGAAGCUGUCUGUGGUAUCGCAUCAGACUAAUGGCUCUCUCCCCCAUUAACAUCACAGACAAUACGCAGACCUCCAGUCUCCUCUCGUUAAUGGCCUACUGUGGUGAGCAGCUGUGGAGAAAAGUUGGAAAAUAGUUAAAGGGGUCAAGUUGUGAGUGUUGGAGGAGAUAUUUUGAACAAGGAGACAUUGUGUGGAUUCCAGCAGCCAUUUUGGUAUCUCUAUGGCACUGAAACUUCUCAGUUGCCUCAUUCCCUCCAUUGCAAAGGUAUAUAAAUGAUUCUGUUUGACUGAGGUUACACAAGCAGAUGACAGCUCAUCUGUGUCAAUCACCCAUCAAACGUACCCUGUAAUACUUAAAAUACCUGUACCUUCCCAUUUCACAUUCUUUUUCUCAUUUUAUAUUGUUUAGAAAAAGAAACCAGUGCUAAUUUAAAAAAUAUUGCUACUAUGGCCACCAGUGGGGCUUGUAGUGGUUGUUUAAAGCUACAUGGUAAUUUUGACUCUAGUGAUUUAAAUAGAUAUGUUCUAGAGUUGUUGUCUGUCAGCCUCUUCUGCAUAAAUUUGCAUUUGCACUAUGUUGAUAAACAUGUGUUUGUUUUUAAUUAUACAGUAAAGUCUAUUUUUUUUUUUUUUUUUAAAUCUUUAUUUUUCGUCCGUGAAAAUGGCAAACAUAUGUGUAAGGCCACAAUAGUCUUUACACAUCAAAACAGUGAAUAUCAUGUAAAUAAAUGUCUAGGAUCGUUUCACAAACAUUUUAUAGAUACAAUUGGUCUCAAUGUUAUAACGAGUGAUGUAAGUCGGGUAAUCGUGAUGAUAGAGGGUACCUAUCUGUCAAUAUCGCCCCUUGUAUUGUAGGGUCGUGAGCUGCGGGAACAGGGUGGGAAUGACUAAAUCUGGGUAUUGUGUCUAACGUCUCGCCCUUUGUCCCGAGGAUGUGGGUUUAUGAGUCGUAGGGUGUCCCUUCAGUCUAGUGGUGGCUGCGUGUAGUCGCUAAAACAGUUCAUAGCUAUGGCUAGUGUGUCCAGACGAUUAUAGGUCGCUGUAAUAUGGCAGGAUCAGGUCGGACCCGUGUGGUUCCAGGCUAUGGUUAUCAACCUAGUGGAUGUGCCUGAUGCCAGUCCGGUUUAUUAUAUCGCCCUCGAUAUCGGUUCCCUAUAACCCCAGGGAGAGGGGGGGGGGGAGGUGUCGUCGGAGCAUAAAUGGUUGGAUCUAGUGAGCCUCGGUCGUGCUGCAAUAAUUGUCAGAACGAGAAAAAACAGAGAACUAUAUAUAGUUUAAGAGUCAGGGUUAGCUACACAGAACAUUUGAACUGAAUGUGCGAACUGAAGCCUAGUCGGCUGUCGGCUUAAGUAUGUCCCUCAGGUCUUGGGUUUGGCAUCUCUGCCUCUUCCAGGAGUCACGGCUGUUUCAGCUUCGGAAGUUCCAGGCUGAGGGUCUAGUGGUGUCCCCAAGUUUUCUGUGGGGUUCGGUAGUCCCAGGGCAGUCAUCAGUGCUGGGCCUUCUGUGGGUUCGGUGGCCUUGAAGUGCUUGUCGCCUUUAGUGAUCCAGAGAGUUCCUGGGGUCGCCCACCUAUAGGUUAUCCCAGCCGUUUGGAGUUGCUUGGUGAUUGGGUGCAUGCUCUUGCGCCAUUGUAGUGUGGCUCUGCUCAGGUCCUGAAAGAAGGAGAUUUUGCAUGUUUCGAAGUCGAGUGGGGUCAGCCCUUGUAUUGCUGCCAUUAGCCCCAAUUUGUCCGCCAUUGAGCGGCAUCUUAAGAUUACAUCUCGUGGAGCUGAGGUGGGUGCUUGUGGGGAUUUAGCUAUACGAUAGAUCCCGUCGAAUUGGAAUGCUUUUGCCUGUUUGGCUGGUAAAAGUGUGGCCACAAGGCGUCUAGCGAAAUGCGGUAAUUCGUCCAGUGGCAUUGAUUCCGACACCCCUCGAAUUUUAAUAUUUUUGCGGCGCCCUCUGUCAUCCAAGAGAUUAACUUGCCUAGCCAUUGUCAGUUGUGAGGCGUGCAAGUUGCGCACUUUCUCCCCUAGAGCUAGGUAAUUCUCCCUCAGUCCCUUGACCUCUUCUUCGAUUGCUUGCGUGCGCGUUGACACCGUGUGUACGUCUAGCUUGAGUAUGGCUAGAUCUGCUUCCCACAUUUGUCUGAGAUUCUACUGUAGGCCUGUUAGCAUUGCCUGUAUGUCAUUUUUGGAGGCCGGUGCGCUAGUGUCCGAUGUCCCUGUGGGUGUCGGGUGUUGGGGACUGGGGUGUGGAUUGUCCUGUGUGUCUCCUUCCUCUGAAGGUUGUGGGGAUGUGUCUCGAGGAGUUUGGGCCUUCAUGGCGUUUGAGGCCUGUAGCAUUUGGCCUAUAUCGCGCUGGGGCUUUGCGGUAUUUUGGGGCGUUUUUUGCGUCUUGCGGCCCAUCUCACCUGCGCUCAGUGUGUCGGGGUACCAGUCCUCAAAUUCUGGGACGUUCCAGGGCCAGUGCGUUCCCGAAAGGGCCUGAGGUUGCCCUCCCGAUCUGUAGGCCUUGCUGCCGCGGCGUUUAUUUUUGGAGCCGGGUGUCAGGAGGAACGGCAUCAGCGUGUCUGUGUGUCUCCGAGGUCAGUACUCGGUUGGGAGUCUGUAUGUGAUGCGGGUUUUCCCCGAUUUCUGCAGAUUUCAGUGGAUUGUACCGGAGCUCCGGCAAUGUGCGACCGCUCCGGUCUGUGUCAGGCUCCGCCCCCCCCAGUAAAGUCUAUUUACUAUAUUUAAGUUUGGUUUUUUUUUCUGUAUGUUUGUGGUAUGAAGUUUUGUAUUCAGCUAGAAUAGUCAGUGUCAGUAUUUUAGAUUUUUUGUUUUUGUUUUAUAUUGUGUUCCUUUAAAGAAGAAAAGACAUUUAAAUGUUAAUAACUCACAGCAUCAUUAUUUGUUCAGUCUAAAGAAUUACAGAUUAAGAAGCAGUUCCAGGACACUUGCAAGAUUCAAACAAGGCAGUACAAAGCUCUAAGAAAUCACCUUUUGGAGACCACACCAAAGAAUGAACACAAAGCUGUCCUCAAGCGGCUGAAAGAGGAGCAAACACGCAAACUUGCAAUAUUGGCUGAGCAGUAUGAUCAUAGCAUUAAUGAGAUGCUGUCCACGCAAGCAGUAAGUUUCUGGAGGCAGGUCAACAGAAAUACUGUUACAUGUAUUGGGAAGUAUUUCCACAAGCGAUGCCUAUAUUAAGCUUAAUGAUCUGUAGGUCAGUUGUACAGCAUUAAAGGGAUUCUACAACCACCAUGACUUCUGCUUUUGAUUGCUGUCACAGGAGCACAAAUGGGGAGAGAGAAUUAGGCCUCACUGAAUAGAGUUUUUCCCUUAAUCCUUAAGUUUUUUGGUUUGUUUGGGGGGCGAGGUGUUUGUGUAACCCUUUAAGGAGAUAAAGUUAAUUUUAUAUCUAUUCUGAUGAAUUUCUACUCAAAGGUCGAUUAAAGAUUAUUCAAAGGUGAUGUAACCUUAUUUUUUUUUUUUUUGUUUAGUAAUGAAGUCUUAGAUAUUUUAUUUGAUUUCCCUAGUUAUGAAAGUUAUUAAAGUUGGUUCAAGCAGGACUUUGCUCACAGUUUAAAGCUGUUUAAAAAGUAGAUAUUUCUAUUUCUGGUCGAAACACAUUACUUGCCUGGCAGUGUAUUCAGGAUAGAAUGAAACACAGUGGCGAAGGUUUACUAGGAAAGUACCAGAGAUCGAUAGUAGCAUUUCUCUGGUACUCCACUUUCAGUGUUUUGGCUCAUCCUUCAUCUUGGAAUUUGCAUAUCGUGUUUUCCUUCUUAUCCAAUAUUAUAUUACCUCCUUUAGUAUCUUGCUUUGAUGAGUUACUUUUCAAUAUCACCUGGUUUUGCAGUUGCGCCUGGAUGAGGCACAGGAAGCAGAGUGCCAGGUUUUGAAGAUGCAGUUGCAACAGGAGCUGGAACUUCUAAAUGCUUAUCAAAGUAAAAUCAAGAUGCAGGCAGAAGCCCAACAUGAGCGGGAGCUACGUGAACUGGAACAGAGGGUUUCACUCAGGAGGGCCCUUCUUGAGCAGAAGGUAUAGAAUGUUAAUACUUCUACAAUGCUGUGCUUCUCAAACUGUUAUUUUGCCCCACAGUAGUCCUAACUAUGUUUCAUUAUGGUCCCCGAGGUUAUGCUUAAAAAAGUGAUGGGGAUUUGCCCUGAAUUUAAAGUGUGGGGAAAUAGCUAAAAUUAGUCAUGACAGUCCUUUACAUUUACCUGACAAUUAUUCACAAUUGUAAGCUGUAGGGUUCCUUUUUUUUUUUACAUCUUUUUUUGAAAUGGUAUUCAGGCGCAAAAGUAUGAGAAGCACUUUGCCCCUAAAAAGUAACGUGAGAGUAAUACCCAGACGUUCCUACUGUUACAAUAAAUUUCUUUACAAUUGUAUGUCAUUGGUGAGCUUUGCUCUCUUUCAAAAAUAUGUCCAGUGUAGAAUGUAAACAUGUGAUUUCCAUUUGGUAAUAUGGAAUAAUGUACAUCUGCACAAUGUACAUGCAAUGUGAUGGGAUGUAUUAUAAAUCAUAUAUAAAUCAAAUAAUCAUAUAAAUGAAGAAUUUACUGUACAUUGCUUCAUUUUAUUGUGUACUACUUAUUUUGAUCUUUAUCUUGUACAUAUAUCCGUCUUUAUUUCAUUUCAAUUUAAUUACUUAUCCUAAGAUAGUGAGAACAUGUAAAUCAAAGUCUUAGUCUGAUGGAAAAAUACAAAAUAUUUGUAGUUUUUUUAACAACUUUUUUUUAUUAUUAUUAUCCCUGUUUGAAUAAGUUAUAUGUUGGUUUUCUAAUGUUUUAUGUCCUCUUGUUUUAGAUUGAGGAAGAAAUGCUGGCUCUUCAGAAUGAGCGUACAGAGCGAAUACGAAGUUUAUUGGAGCGCCAAGCACGGGAAAUUGAAGCUUUUGACUCUGAAAGCAUGAGGCUAGGCUUUAGCAAUAUGAUACUUUCUAAUCUCUCCCCCGAGGCGUUCAGCCACAGCUACCCGGGAGCUUCUGGCUGGUCCCAUAAUCCCACUGGAGGCCCUGGACCUCACUGGGGUCACCCCAUGGGAGGCCCACCUCAAGCCUGGGGUCACCCAAUGCAAGGUGGGCCCCAACCAUGGGGUCAUCCUUCAGGGUCUGUACAAGGUGUCCCUCGUGGUAGUACGAUGGGGGUCCGCAACAGCCCCCAGGCUCUGAGGCGGACAGCUUCUGGGGGACGGACAGAGCAGGGAAUGAGCAGGAGCACAAGUGUUACUUCACAGAUAUCCAAUGGUUCACAUAUGUCUUACACAUAACUGCAAGAAGAACUUUUUGGCCAUUCCUUAUGAUCAUUCAACACAAACUGCCUACAGAUGUCCUCACAGCAGCUUUCUCAAUGGUACUGAGCAGCUGCAAAAAUAAGGCUUCCUACUCAUGCUGUAUUUAAUCAGUUUGUACAGAGUUACAUGUCUGUGUGUUAUCCGAUGUCUAGCUGCUGGAUUUCUAACAGGAAAAUGUGGGAUUGAGAAGGAAAGCAAAGCAUGUGAUUUGUGCUGAGAGUGGAUUUGGGCAAAGUUGCUUUUAAGUGGUAUUGAAAAUUUUUAAAAAGCUACAGUCCAAUGCAAAUUCCCCUUAAAAGGAAAAACAAAAAAAAACCUUUUCUGCACAUUAAGAGCUUGGUACAUUCCCUGGUUCUUACGUUGCCUGUCUAUUCUUACAGAAGGGUAGUGUUCUUACUCGUUAGUGAAUGAUAAUCCAUUGCUGAUGUGUGUGAAAUCCUAUGCAUUCUGUAUAUCCUUGGUGCAGAAUUGCUAAAGACAAUUGAUUAGGUUUUGUCAAACAUUUGCAAAUAUGUGAGAUUAUUUUUAGCUCUAAAUGGGUCAAAAUGUUUAAUUUAAACAAAUUUGCUGCCAGAACCAGCCAGUUAGUUUGUCAUUGCAUUAUUUUAUGCCAGAGGUGGGACUACCUGUUGCUCUUUAGUGGCUAUUGGACUGCUUUUCUUGUUACUAGCUGUUGAUUAUGGCAGUGAAUGACAUGAAAUGUAGAUGAACAUCUGUUACAUAGAGCCACAGGUUGUCAUCCCCGUCAAGUCAGCUUAUUGAACUGUUUCUCCAGCACCAGAGUAUCAUUUUCAUAUUACUUUGCUUCUCCAUUUGAUGCACGGCAGUAACAUUUUUUUACUUCUUCCAUAUGCAGUGAUUCUAUCCCACAAUAACUGCAAAUGUGCCCAUGCACUUGCAAAUGUUUGUGUUGCACCUAUUCAUAGAUACUGUCUAUGAUACAAUCCUUAUUUAUUUCUAGAUUCGCUGUCUAUGUUGACUGCUUGCAGCUAUCUAGCCUUUCAGCCUAAACUCCAAUAUGGAACAUUCUCUAUCCGUUAAUUGUUUGAGUUUUAUUACCGUAUUUCAUUCCUUUGUUUGCUUUGAAUGUUUUACCUUGACUUAAUAUAUCGAAUCGUGCUUGUCUGAUGGUGUUUACUAAAGCAUGAAUUGGAGUGAAUUGAAAACAGAGUUGCAAUAAUUUGGCUAGAACAGCUGCUUUGGAAAUAAAUAUCCAACUCUAUUAGGACACCUGGGCUAUUUUAAUCUAAGUUUUACUAUUUGGUUUUUCAUACACAACAAUUCCGUGUUUAGAGAAUAAAACCUUGUGUAUUGUCAAGAAGUCAUGGUUUUUGAGCUGAAAAAGAAAACCAAACAUUUACCUUGUUUUAAAUCCAUAUCAAGCAUUAGUUUUUUUUUUUCCUCUUUAUAAUUUUUCAUUUUGUUCUGUUAGUUGGGUUUCACCCACCCAUAUGUAUUUCAUGCCAUCUUCUCUUAAGCAUCAUUUGCUUUUUUAUGUUACAAACCUCUUGCUGUGCUUUUUGCCAUUGCAAAUGCUGGAUUGCUGUUAAUGCCUUUUCAUUCCACUUUCAAUUAUAUAAUUGUAAGGCUUUGACACCAAUUUCCUUCCUUUGCUGCCAUUUUUUUAAUUGAUUUAUAGCAUGUGAUCGAAAAUGCCAGUAAAAUAGUGUCACGUGCACACCUGUUUGAGUCAGGUAUACAUCGAAAGAGAUUUAAGGAAGUUAGUGUUUUGUUUUAUUCAUUUUAGCUUUUUAUAUGCUGGUGUUGGUGCCAAUCGCUUGGAAUUUUUUUCCUUUAGAUCCUCAGAUUGUGAUGAUUUAGAUGGAAGGUUAUAAAGUAAGAAUUCCGUUAAUGAAUGGACAGGUUAUACUAUGCAAGAUUGCAGUAGUGCUGUGGAUAUUGCUGUACAAAGAUAGGUGAGGCUGCCACAUCAAACCGAAAAAUUAAGUAAAUAGGUGAAUUGUCUUUACAUAUGUUCAUAUAUUAAUAUGGAGAUAGUGGGAUACCGUAUACAUAAGCGCUGUCAUUCGGUUGAUUUUUUUUUUUUUAUUCUUCAUAGUAUAAGCUACCGCUUUUGUGCAAAGACCAGGAGCUUGCCUACUGUGCUUCAUUUUUUUGUGCUGCUCCGGCACAAGCAUGAGUAGGAGGUAAUAAAUCAAUUUUUAAUAUUUAUUUUAUUUUUAUAAAUAUCUAUUGGUAUGCCAUAUUUAACUUGGACUAUAGGUGUAUGCCAAUAUCCCCUCACAAAUACAAAUAUCAUUGUUGGGUUUACAUAUGUAAUACCUUUUGUGGCCAUAAAAUAACCACAUUGUAUUCAUUGCUCAUCACAUUUAGAUAAAAUUACAUCAGGGCUUUUCAACACUUCAGUAGAGAGCAUGUGUUUUGUCCCUUGGUGUACUUAAAAGAUAUUUUAAGUAAAGCAUCUCUUAUUUGUUAUUAAAAAAAAACUUUAAUUUUUUUCUCCUUUGAAAUAUGCCCUGUUGAGCUACAGUACAUUGUAGGUUUUUUUUUGUUAAUUUGCCAAGAUGCUGAGAUUUCAGUUUGCAACUAGAAGUGGUUGUUCCUCGUUCCCUUUUAAGUAAAUGUUAAUGUAGUGUUUGCGGAGGUGAAUAAUGCAGCAAAAAUCACCAUUUACCACCGCUGCUAUUCAAUUUUUAUGGUGAAUACCGCCUCAUGAUGCAUCAGACACUCAGACAUUUACAGAGCAGUAGUGAUGCACAUGCACCUGCGGCGCUACAUAAGGUAAUUUAAUUUGCAUGCCAUGACCUGAAAGAGUAGUUUAAAGAUAAAAUCUAGAAGAAAAUAAAAUAGCACAACCAAUAGCUAACUCAGUAGCUUUUUUUUUGGCUGUCAGCUUGUGUAUUUAAUUCUUGUUUAUGGUGCAGAAUAGUUGGAUUCUAUAAAAUGCCCAUUUUUGGCUGAGAGUAUAGAAAUAUCACUGUUAAUUAUAGAAUUUGUAUAUUCAUAGCCUUCUUUUGUUCAUCUCUGCAUAACGCUUUACCUCCUCCCCAAGCAUUUGUGAGCAGUAAUUGAAACCUUGCUUUUGAACUUUGCAAUGAUUUUCUAAAAAAUCAUAUGAUAAUACAACAUAAGUCCUGGACUUUCUUAAAGGUUGAUUGUCUCAUGCUUGAUUUACAUCCCUAAUUAAUAUUAUGAUCAGAGGCAAAAUAAAACAAGAAAUGCAGGUGAAAUACACAUUUACACACAAAAUGAAUAGAUAUUACCACUUUCUGUGUUUACGUAGGCAUCUGAAAUACAUAGUCCAUAGUGUAGUAUAGAGCUCUCUUAAAUAACAACCCAGCUACUCAUAAGUUAUACUCACUUAUUUCUGAGCCUCGUAUAGUUGCCUCAGACUCUGAAGGCCUUUGUUACAUACCCCUUUUGUAAAGUUCUUGUAGUUAUUCCAAAUGGUUACCUCACAACUGCUUACAAUGCUGUACCCACAAUGUAACCAAAAGAGGACUUCCAAUAUUGAUGGUUUUAACACUUUAUUUAGCCCAAAUGGCAAGCAGUAAAGAGGGAUAAAAUCUAACAUAAAGAAUGAAUGAAUUAAAAAAAAAAAAAAAACUCACUAAUGUGAUUCAACUAAUCAGUCAAAGUGCAUACAAUUAGUCCCAAAAGUCUUUUUUUUUUUUUUUUUUUUUUUUUUCUGAGACAACAAUAGUUCUCAAAAACUGAAUAAAAGAUAGCCACACCUAUGUUUACAGUGCGAUAACUGUAAUGUUCUUCAAGAGGACAGACAGCUGUGGUGGUGUUUUUUUUUUUUUUUUUUUUUUUUUCUAAAUCGGGCUGUAAAUAUUUGAUGGGUCUAUAGAGAUGUACACAAUUAUCCUAGAGGAAGUUACAUUUUUAUUGGUAAUCUUAGUUGGAUAUCACUUUAUUGAUGAUUACUAUGUAAUGAAAGCUAUGUAACUAAACUUAAUGCUUUCAACAUAAUCCAUCUAUCAACACACAGCUGAAAAACACUUACUUACAAAUGUUUUACAGAAUCACAUUGAGGUCUACUCUGACAUUUAGUGCUUUAGUGCAAUUAAAUGAUUGAAGACAUUUAUGUAGAAUAAAUAAAUAUGCAGAAUUUGAGGGGAAGGGUAGGCUGCUACAACUAUGUCUAGAAGGAAAUCCUACACCCUGGUAGUUUGGUGCAAGGGAGAAAGUGAAUCUAGUAAUGGAUGCAGAAAAUAUAGGAUAUUCUGCACUUUUAAUCAUUCUUCUGAAAAGGGACAAAAUAGGGCAGAGUGAUGGCUAAAUGCUCCCUUGCACUGCUAUUCCUAAAUUUGUGGUCCUAGGAGAUUCCACCUACCCAGGUAUGGUACAGUGGAGAAAAACACUGCUACCUCUCCUCCUAACCUAAACUACUAAGGAUGUUUGUUGCUGUUUUUGUGAAGCACAGAUAGUAGAGUAUGCAACACUAUGAUUUAAACACUAUAGAAUGAAUUAACAAGGUCUCUCAUUGUAGCAAAUGAAUACAGGCUAAACCACUAUAUUAACCUGAUUGAUUUUAUGUAUAUUCUUUCCUUUAAUUGGUUAAUAAUUAUGUUUCAGUAAAUAAUACUAGGUCAGUGCAACACUAUAAUAAAACAAAAUUAUUAUUGUAGUACACUUUUUAGACUUAUGCAGUGCAAUUUACUAAAUUUGUUUGCACUAUGUUAUAAUCCCCAAAACAUAGAUACUGUUAUAAAUGCCACUGGAUUUAUCACACCAUUCGUUGAUUCCUGCUUUGAUAUGUUCGCUCUUGUCAUUUUUCUUCAUUGUUUACUGUUCACUUUAAUACUCCAUGCUGGGUAAGCCAAGCUUGGUGAAACAAUGUGCCUUUUGAGGCAAUGAGGAGUAUAAAAAAAAAACAAAAAAAAACAUCCUGACAAAAGGCAGGAGUUUCAGAUUCGGAGUGAAAAUGUUAAUAAUUGGAUUAAGAGCUGGUCCUCCAUGCUUCACUGGGCAUUGGAUGUAACUAUAGGUUUUCUAAUUCAAAAUGAAAGAAAACCCCUCUCUCUCCCCUCCAGUGUAAGGCAAUUAAAUGCCUUUUCCAGUUGGGUUAGGUGCUAUGUUUUGUAGCCUUAGAGGUUUUAUCCAUUCUUAAUGAAUUUGUCACUAUGUCAUAUAGUCCCUCCAGUAACUAGCAUUAUGGCUUGUGGGAUGGUUUACUAAAACCGCUGUCCUUUGCUGUUACAAAAACAGCUUCUCCAUUGUUUCAAGGUCAGAUUACCUUAAUAAAAAUCUGAGCCUAUAUAUAUACAUGCUUGAAAGUGAGACGUGUUUGCUUACCCUAUCAACGUGAAGUAAACACUUCCAAAUAGCCAGCUCUCAGAAUUCUGUUAAUCUAUGCAGGCUGUGUUCCACAACAUUGAUACACAUUGUAAAAUAAGAACUAAACCCAAUUAUGCAUGAGCUUCUCUGCUGCCGUUCUGUUUGAUAUAAUGUAUAUUCUUUGAUCCGUUAAAGAAAUAGGGACAUCCAGGUUUUAAUGCUUGGAAUCCAGCUAUUGCACCUGAGACCAACAAAACUGCAAGUGAUGAGACGCUACUCAUUUUAUAGUUGUAAUUGUGUUGUGCAUAAUGGGUAUAAUUUCCUUCUAGAUCAUGUUGUACCUUUGUUGUAGGUACGCUUAAAUAAGCUAUUUAUCAAUUAAAUUGAUCCCCUUUCCUGGUACCAGAUACUAUUUUCGUUGUGCUAAAUCUGUUGCAUAUUUUUAGGAAUCAAAACCUGCCAAACAGUAUUAUUAAAGAAUCAUUGCAAGAUAACAUAUUUUAUAUCCCUAUCCUGCACUUUAUACACUUUUUUUUUUUUUUUUUUUUUUAUGUUUUGUGAUGCUUUUGCCAUGUGAUUAAAACUUACUGGACCUUACUGAUGAUCGAAAUUCUUGGAAAUACUUCAAACAAAUCAGUUGUGCUGCAAUGAAUAUAAAGAUUUCAUAAGGUUACUAUGUCACAUUAAGGCGUAUCUUAAAGGACAACUGUCACCUCAACUUUUUUUUUUUUUUUUGGUACAAUAAUAAACCCUUUCGUUGGGUUUUGAAAGGAAAUAUUUUUUUUAUUUUUUUUUAAAUUAAUUAUAUAUAAAAAGAAAAAAAAAAAACGCAUUUGGUUAGACAACAGACACUUAGUCUCUUUAGUCUUCUCUGCUUCAACCCCUGCACAGAAGCAGAAACACCAGAGAGACUAAAUGCCAGUUUUCAAACACUAUCCGACCCAAGAUGCAUGUAUAGUCAUAUACUAAAGGUAGGAAUGAGUUUGUCGAUUUUUAUAUUUUUUAUUUUUACAUAUAUUUCUGUAAAUAAAAAUAAAUUCUCUUUCAAAUCUUGAUGAGAGAAUUAUUAUUUAAAAGAAAUUGUUUUGAGGUAACAGUUGUCCUUUAACGAUGUUCAUUUUACAAACAUGUUAUACAUUUUAUUAUUUUAAUGAAUGCCAGCAAGGCUACUUAGAUUUUGUUACAGGGAUUUUACCAAGGUCCCAUUAAUUUGUGUUACAUUUGAAUUGAGUAUUCUCAGUGUAUUGUUUUUCCAAUUGCUAUGUUACAGUAUAUGGCCAAUGAUUUAAUUCUCUAUACUCCGAGAGAAUCUGUGAUCAUGAGCCAAAGGGAUUAAACAUGAUGGUUCUUAUGUAUACAGCCACUGGAAACUGCAUAUUUUAUUUUUUCACAAUGUAAUUUUAAAAAAAUUCAUAUUUGCUAAGUAAAUAAUAAUAUUCCCUCAAUAGGUGUGCCAAUUUUGAAACUACCUUUGCAGAAUAAUAGAACAUUUUUAUGUUGUUUGAUGCCAUUUAAUUCUAUGUAUAGCUUUUGCAUGAUUUGGUUAAGUAUGAUAUUGCACUUUUAAGCAGCAGAGAUUGUGAGACCCAGGAAAAAAAAAUAUCCAAUAUUAUGGCUGGGUAAAAACUACACAUUCAAGUCUUACAGUAUAUGUUGACUCAGUAAAUGACCGACGUUUCAACCCGUUCGGGUCUUCCUCAAGAUCUUGAGGAAGACCCGAAUUGGUCGAAACGUCGGUCAUUUUUUUGAUGCAUCACUUAUUGGAAUAAAUUCUUCUCUAUUUAUCUAAAAAGUCCUGGGAGUGCAUCUCUUGCUUCAUUUUUCUAUAUAUUCACAACGUGGGAUUGCACCCAGGCACCUCCUAUGUGUAUGUAUGUAUAUAUAUAUAUAUAUAUAUAUAUAUAUAUAUAUAUAUAUAUAUAUAUAUAUAUAUAUAUAUAUAUAUAUAUAUAUAUAUAUAUAUAUAUAAAUAUUUAACAAUAUAGCAGACGCAUGGAGGUUAAUAGUUUCCACGAGGAUGAAAUUUGCAUGCUGCCCCCACUUAGUGCUCCAAAAUAACAAGUCAGGCAAAGAUCAUUAAGAACCUCUCCCCGUUAACUUUGACUUUUUAUAUGUUUAAAAUCAACAUGCAUUUGUAUAGAGAUGUAGUUUACACAUCCCUAAAUUUUAAAGGCCAUUAAAUACUACAGAUUUUAUAUAUUAAUGGUGAUAGUUAGUUGUGAUAUUCUUAACUGGCUAAUGGUUGAUUCUGGGCCUGCACAGUGCAGGUGGUCUGGUUUAUAUAAAGUGUAUAAAUGUUGGCUUCUUAUUUGGGUAUGAUCUUUUUAAGCUGCGGUAAUGUUUGUCAGUUUCAGUAAGGGGACUCAUGUCGUGAUUCUUUAAAAAAAAAAAAAAAAUUUGCCUUUUGAAACAUUUCACUCCUGUCUGAGUUCCAACACCGUUCAGUACAUUUAACGUAUCCUAGCCACAGGUGGGUUUUCAUAUUUCACAUAAUGAGGCAUGAACAUUUUAAAGAGGCACAUCCCAUACCUAGUUGCCAUAUGAGAUAUUCUCAGUCUUUAUUGGCACUUGACCCAUGACAUGUUGUUUUUUCUUUUAAUCAUGGAUUAAACCUAAAGAUAGGCCUUACAUGAUAAAGAAGGCAGUUAUAUCACAUGUAGGAUGUUUACUGGUGAUCAGUAGAAGAAUUGACAACAAUUUUUUUUUUUUUUUUAAGUGCAAGAGGGCAAGUUUUGCCAGGUAGAUUUUUUUAUUUUUUAUUUUUUUUUAGUACCACAUAAUUUUUGUCUAUCACCAUUUCUCAGCAAGGAUCUAGAGGAGGAUGGUGAGAUGGCAGUGAAGACACUGGUGUAAAUAAUCAACAUAAAAAAAAAAAUAUUUAGUGCAUAUUACAUAAAGAUAUAUUGACUUAAUAAAUUGUAAAUGCUAGAGCCUUUUUUAUUAACACUUAAGUUGCUAAAAAUAAAAAUCUAUUUAUAAGAGUACCCUUUGCCCAUUUCAGCAAACCAAUUAAGAGUGACAUAGCUUACAGGACUAACAUAACUGCCUGAUUUGCAAGCUCAUAAUUAGAAACUGCAGUGGGCAGUGGGUAGAAUUGUGUAUAAUGUACAUUAUAAAAAUUGCUUGCUUGUAUUGUGAAGAGAAAAUCAAAAAGGCCAGAAAAGUGGAAGACAUUAUGAGUCUUGUAUAGUCUAAUACAAUUAACACAAUCUAACAGUGGCCACCAAAUAAUGCCUUCCUGUUCCUUUUUGUCAAACUUUUUUUAUACCUCCCAUAUUCUUUUUACUUUUAUUUUUUAAAUGUGCAGAUCUAAAUAAAUAGCAUGAAAAGGGGGUCAGGAAUGCACUGUAAUUCUGUUAAAAUUGAUACCCCUGCCACUCUUCUAAUUGUUUAUUCUCUAAACUGUGUGCCGGAUUUGACAUACAAGAUGCAAAAUGUAGUUCAGAAUAGCGGGACUUCUAAAAUAAUAAAUAAGUAUAAAAUAUAUACAACUUGUUUGAAGCUUGAUUGUGAAUCAACUGUUUGAGUAAAAGUAAUCAUUGCAGUUUUUGAUCAGAUAAUUAAAUCACUUGAUUGAAGGUUAUUUUGCUGGUCUUUUUCUUGCAAUGCAUUCCAUGAACCCGGUCAGUGUAAGCCAGGAAGAAAACAUGGCGUUUAAAAAGCUGUUUGUAAGUUUUAACUUUAUAUCUUUAUUGCAUUUGAGGUUUAUUUCAUGCUCCCAGAAUGAUUUAAGAACUUAUUUGCACAUUUGUAGAUGUUACAUUUUGUUUGUGUUUUUUUUUUUCUUUUGUUUGUUUUUUUUAUCAAUUUUAAUCUAUUCACUUAUUUUGCAUCCCUUUUAUUCUGUAUGCUCCAACUGUUUGCAACAUAGAGAAAAUAAAAAAUAAAAAGGAAAAUAAAAUCACCGGUCAUCUGAAACAUUUUUUCCCUUUGGUGGAAAGUGUUUUUAAAAAAACGCAGUAAGAAUUUGAAUGCACACCCGCAGACAUUGCAAAAGGAACCCACAGCUUAAGUGGUAGAUUUAAAAUCUAAAAUACAAACUACAAACGUUAUCAGAUUCUUGCAUUCAUGUACAUUUGCACUUGUAAGUUGACUUCUUCAAUAGUGUGUGGCGUUGACUAACAGAAGCCUGUAUUGAGCUGGAAUUGUGGUAUUUAAUGCUCAGGGCCUUUUGUUUUAUAUAAAGUAGUUGUGUGUGUUUGGGUAUUGGGAAGGAAAGUGUCUACAUAUGUAUGCGCAUGUAGACACAAGUUCUAUUCCUCUGAAAAUUAUUUGAUAUUUUCAUAUUAUGUACGCUGCUAGUCUUUCUGCAUUUUGCGCCAAUCAAACUUUAACAGGCUAGUCUGAUUGAAAAUAAUAUAUUUGGUUGGUUCCCAGCCGCCUGGGAGUAGAGGUGUAAAAUAUUCAAAAAAAGAGCAUUAUUUUUGGUAGCUCUUUUUUCAGAGGAUGUACUGCACCAGCAAUAGCCCAUUUCAUUUGCCAUUAUGAAAUGUGAGCGUUGUAUUUGGGUCUGUUUGACAUAAUAGAAAUACAUGCGCAAUAUCUUUUGAACAGUGGACAUGCUGUGUAAUAUUUUACAAGACCUGUAUGAAGAGUUGUAAAAGAGAAACCCAAAGUGAAUAUAUGUCCCAAACCUUUUUCUAUAUAUAUAUAUUUUUUUUAUUUUAUUUUUAUUUAAGUUGAAACAUGUUAUUGCUAUUAUAUCAGGGCCUUCGUAUGAUUAGUUCUGCAAUUACAGGUUACUGUGUUGCAGUAGACAUUUGAUACUCAACCCCACUGCCGUGCCUUAUAACCUUUGUGCAUAGCAAAAACAUUUUCUAGGUCAUGAUUGUAACAAUGUUAUGGCACAUGUGUGUACCUAUGUAAUGACAAGUGUGAACCAAACGUUUUUCAUUAUUAUGAUUAUAACGGCCAGAAUUAUUGCAGUGGCUCUGGCUGAUGUUUGGAAUGUAGUCCAGAGUUUAAAGUGACUGUCGCUUUAAACGUACCUUUCCCCUAUUUCCACCUCUCUCCCUCUUUUCAGAAUCUGUUCUUUUCUUCAUUUCUUAUGUGUCUGUUUAACACAUAAGACGAAAUAUGGACUACUUUGUCUUGUGUUUUAAAGAGCAGAUCAUCAGAAAACGCAGAAAAGAACAGGUUCUCAAACCACAGCAAAAAGGUGCGUUUGAGGUGACAGAACCAUAUUAAGACAUGUUUUAACAUCUGUGCAUUCUGAGAAGCCCUGGCUCUUUUUAGAGACAUUACCACCAUCACAAACUUUACUUUUGUUUAUUUUGUGUCAUCCUUGCACAUACUGUCACAUUGCUUUCUACACUAUUCUCAUUUAGCCAGUAUGAACAAAAUGAGAUUUAUUUGUAUUUAAUGCAAGGAAUUAAUUUUAACUUUUUUUUUUAGGGCUGCCAUGGUGGCACCUAAAGGGUUAAAAUUCAGUUUAGUUUUCUUCUUUAAUUUUGCCCUACAGCUUCCUGUGUAUAACGUUACAUUGUUUGUGAAUGCAAACUUCUUUUCAAUUAAAAUUUUAUCAGCACAAACGUCGAAUCAUAUUUCCAUACCAUUUAGCUGCGGGUGUGCAUUUAUCUGCAGUGUAGUGUGUUCACACCACUGCUGGGUGAGGUCUUGUACAGUGAGUUCUCUUGUACAGUGUGAUGUCAGUAUUCUGGUAUUCCUCUGGUUUCACAAUAUAUUCUAUAACCUGUAUUAAUUGUAUAGAUUGUGCAUUUAAAGCUGUUACCAAGUUGUCAGAAAAGGAGAGAAAAUAAAUCCUAUGUAAUAUUUUGUUUGUAAUUAUCCUUUGUAUCAUAGCAAAGGAAAUGUUAAAAAAAAAAAAAAUCAACUGUAAUAAAGUAAUUUUAGUACACAUGGAGAGAGUUUCUUUGCUACUUUUUUAACACUAUUAAAAUUAAAAAAAUGUGAGUACAUGAAUUUACCUUUUCAACUGUGUCCCUAAAUAAUUGCACAAUUUUAAAGUAUGUCCUGUAUAAUCCGUCCGAUCGCGUUCUAAAAUAUUAGGCAGUUAUGAGAAGUAGUCAUACAUUAUCUGCCGUUUUAAAAUAGCUUGUUAGUCUUUUGAUUAAACAUUUAAGAAACUUUUUUUUAUCGUCAAUUAGUACACCAAAGGAUUUAAUUAUAACAGAGGAUUUCAGUGAUUCAUUAUUUUUCCCAGAACUCUGAAGUGCAUGUGUUCUCUCACGGUUUAUUGAAUACAUUACCUUGAUGCAGUUUUUCAUAGUAUCAUUACAUGUUAAUUAUUUUGUGUAAUCAGUGUUAGACGACAUUUACAAAUCUACUAAUAAGGAAAAUGUAUUCAUACAUAACAUACGUUUGUUUCUAGAAAUAUUGUCGGUUCUUCACUUGACAGCCAGAGGAGCAGUUGAGUACAUUCUAAAAGAGAUCUCUUUUUCUGAACGUAGUCCGUUUUUCAAUUUCAGAAUCUUCCUAAACUAAUAUGCUGCCAUGUAUAAAUCACCAAGAAAAGAAUAUUAUGGCAAUAAAGAACAAGUUUUCCUGUUUAUGCUUUACCAUGGCAGCAUAUAUCAUUUCAUUAUACCCACGCUACCAACUGGAUGGGAGAGAAUUUUAGAGACUAGUAUACUGCAAAACAUAUUAUUGGUAUUUAUACAGCAACAUGUCCUGCAGUGCAUUACAAUAUUAACAAAGGGGGGGACUUUAACAAUAAAUCAGACAAAGUGAUAGAUGGGGUGACGUUGACACAUUUCAUUCCCAAAGGAACUAUCUCAAGACAUGGUGUGUUAGCAUAUUCACCGGCUCUUUACACAGAACACGGCAAAGAAAUUAAUCUUACAUUUAAAGAAACAGACAACCUCAUAAGGAAAGUACGUUUGUAAAACUCAAGGAUAAAAAUAAAUUACAUGGAAAACUAUAGAAAACCUGUAAAUCACAGUAUAGUGAACAAAUAGGAUAUUAAACAAAUAAAAUUAUUUUGUACAACUAAUUAAAACAUUCUUUCCGCAUGCACUUUUACAGUCUGAUAAGGGGAUGUAUAGUAUGUUCUAGCUAUAUUAUAGCAACAGGAGUGUUGAUCUGGUCCAAACCUAUAUAUAAAGAUGUAAAAAUGUAUAUUACUUGUUAACGCUGCUACUACACUGCCCAUAGUGAAGCUACUACAGCAAGCAUGUCAAACUCCAUCUCGGUCAAACUUAGGUUUAUUUUAAAAAGUACAGUAUAAAAAAAACAGCACCCCCCUCUAUUAAACCACAGCACCUCCCCCCCUACUAAACCACAGCACUCCUCUCUACCAAAUACACACAUACUCACUGACAGACCCACACACACAUUCUUGCACUCAUCAUUUAAUUUAUUGUUCCCUACCUUUGGAAGCUGGUGUGGGGAUCUUCUGUCUGGAGAUCUUCUAUCUGCUCUCUCGCGCAGUUUAGUGAUGACGCGUGCCGGAAUAUGACGUUAUAUUCCGGCACCCGGCUUCACUACAGACGGCGUGCAUGAGGGAGCAUUGAGGAGCAGGAACACUGAGCUCUCUCGCUGGC